AUGAGUCAAAAAGACCCAUCAGAAGGAGUGGAAGGAAGCUCAGAAGAACCCUUAUGUUUGAUCUGUGGCCAGCCCCACUUCCCAGAAGAGAACCAUGUCUAUAGCUACACAGAAGAUGUGGAUGACGAUCUCAUCUGCCACAUUUGCUUGCAACCGCUGCUUCAACCUCUGGACACGCCAUGCGGCCACACCUACUGCACAAUUUGCCUUACGGAUUUCCUAGUGGAAAAAGACUUUUGCCCGGUGGAUCGCAAAACUCUGACCCUACAGUCUUGCAGAAAGUCAAGCAUAUUAGUCAAUAAACUCUUGGAUAAACUAAUGGUUAGCUGCCCUUUCACAGAGCACUGCUCGGAAGUCGUGCAACGCUGUAACCUUGAGCAGCAUUUUCAGAAUGGGUAAGUCCUCCUGUAUAUUUCCGCUCCCCCCCCCUUCACUGACAGGAAUCACAUCAGUGUCCUUUGUGUGACAGCUAAUGGCUUUUUUUCCCCACAAGAAAACAAACAGGUUCUGUUGCAGGUUAGUAAAGUAAAAAGUAGGAGGUGAGUCUCCCUAGUGAGGCUGUAGCAGUUACUAAUGGAAGACUGUGCCCUAGUUGGAUACACCAGAGGGAGAUAUAUCAUAUCUUCAAGGGCUAUUGGUAAAGCCUUAUUCCACUUUGUUGAGUCACAGUAUGAGAAGAAUGAAUGUUAUGCACACAAACAAAACACGAGGAAAACCUCUCCUAAAAUGAAUCUUUAAAGCUCCCCAUUCUUUUUCACUUUAGUUAAAUCUUAAAGAGCUGAAAUCUGUAGCUUUAUAUUGGUGAUACUUUACACCUUAGGGCCUCAUUAAGAUAUUGAAGCAGUGUGUGAAAGUGCCACAAGUGUGUGUGUGGAUGCUGAUUUUUAUAUGUUUGAGGUAUACGGGUUCGGGCAUAUUAAAAUGGAAUAUGGAUGGUCUAUACAGAACAACAGGUUACACAUUUCCCAUCAGACCCUGAAAUACGUUGGGGUUUUUUUUUAGGAUAUCAGAAGAACAUCAUGCCUUCAAAAGAUGAAGGGGUUUCUAUAACCAUUAACCAAUUACGUUUUGGAUCCUCAUAAUGUCAUAAAUAUGUUCACCUUAUACCUAUUGGAUUGGGUACUGGAAAAAUUAGAGUAGUCAAAGUAUAAAGCCAGGCCAAUAUUAUUUCUCAUUCUUGUUCCCUUUCUUCUGAAUUGUUUUCUUUUGUAAAUAUAAAACAUGACCUCCCCAGUGUGGCAGAUUCCCCACACUUCACAAUAACAUUUUUGGCAGGACUCACCAUGUGGAUUGAGGUUGUAUGAAUCCCUUCUCUGCUGUAAUAUUUUACUCACUGGGUGGAUCAGGACUAUCUGGUUGUGAUGAACAUCUCUGCUGUGGAGCUGAGGCACAGUGAUUUACAACAUGGGAUCAUUCUGAUCCACCUGUUAUGAGGGCUGCAUUUACUGUGUAUUUUCCAGUGUGAAUUGCCUUUAACAACUGUAGGAAAGAUACAGCCAGCUGUGGAAACCCAAGGCCUUCUCUUUUGCUGUAACAUAUGAUAUUACAAACUAACCAAUACUAACCAAUUCCUAACCAAUACUCUGAAGCCCAUUAUUUUGUGACAUUUUGGUUGGCCCAGAUAAAGAUAUUGCCCAGCUGCGGAUUUUGGGGGUUUUCACAUGGAGGCAGUGGUCUCUAGUUGGCUAGAUUGGACCAGAGUCGAAGGGAGGAAAAAUCUGUCUUUGUUUUCAUUCUCAGAAAAUAUGUAGUCUUGGGCAAGUUUCUUAAUUUGUACUUAAUUUCUACCUGUCUGAGCUUGCCUCCCUUGUGCUUCAUUAAAUUUAAAAUGAUCCCUUACCCACCUAGUUGACUGAAUUGCUGUCGGGCUAAAUUUAAGAUUUAUUUUGCACUUUGAAGGAAUUUGAAAUGGGCCAAGUUCUAUUUUUGCAGUAGUGCUUUGUUGUCUGCUUUGGGCUUGAAUCCACUUUUUGGCUUCCUCAAAUACCUUCAGGGACACCACUUGACCUCAGGUAACAUAGUGAAACUGGUUCAGUAGCUAAUGCCAUUUUCUCUGCUCUAUGUCAGAAAGUAGACCCAAGAAAGCAGGUGGCCUGGUCUAAAUAGUCCUCUUCUCUUUCCUUUCCUGAGGCAUUUGACCCAACCCCUUGCAAGCCAAAACCUGUUGUUUUAUUGCAAUGUGGUACUAGCUAUGUUCUCUUGGGUUUUUCUUGAAUUCAGCUUUGACAGUGAGAUUGUAGGGGCUUUUGUGGGGGUGACACUCACCUGCAAUUCAGGUUUCAUUUGGGUUGAUGUACUCUGCUGCGUUUGGUAAUGGGUUUUUUAUAGCAUAUCAUUCCACUGUCUUUAUGGUUUUAAUAUGUAACCUGCUCCAAGAGCCUGGGUUGAAGAGCAGCUAAAAAAUUAACAUUGCAGUAACCAUCACCCAGAAAUUAAUUAUAUCUUGCCCCACCGUUUAUAUAGGUUUCCAGUCUAAGUGCUGGCCCAUACUGGGACCAGUUUAGCCUUAGCAAAUGCCAUUAAACCAUUUCCUGGGAUGUUUUAAUUACCUGCACUGUUCUCACCCCAACUAUUCUACAUGGUUGACUUGUAUGAUGAUGUCAGCUAGCUGGGUAAUCUGUAUGGCCAGCUUCCUGGACAGAGUCUAGGAGCAUUCUAGGAAAACAUGCAUUUAGCCUUGAGAUACCUCAGUAUACUGGUCAGUAGGGACUAUAAGAAGCUAUUAUUGGCAAGAUCUCCCAGGACCUAUGCUACGUAGUAAUAGAAGCUGAAUUUUACAAGUAGGAUGAAUAAUAGACUGUUCAGGGCUGGCGAUCCACACGGAGCUGUUUUGGAGGCAACAUUUUAUGAACUAGCCACAUACUGUGGUACCUUGGUUGUUGAAUGCCUUGGCUCCCAAACAAAUCGGCUCCUGAACGCCACAAACCCAGAAGUAAGUGUUCGGGUUUGUGAACAUUUUUUGGAAGCCGAACCUCCAACGCGGCUUCCAAUUCAGUACAGGAAGCUCCUGCAGCCAAUCAGAAGCUGCGCCUUGGUUUUCAAAUGGUUCCAGGAGCCAAGCAGACUCCCAGAAUGGAUUAAGUUUGACAACCAAGGUACCACUGUAUCUCAGAAAGAAGGACGUGGAAGGGAAAUCCAUAGCUGCCAGUAUGUUUCCUUUUACCUACCCCAGAGUGAUGAGCAGAACGCAUCACUUGAUUACAUGCUGUGCACUUGAGCGCUGCCCAUCAAGACAUUGUCAUUAACGAAGCAGCCUGCUUAUUUAAUGGGAUACCAAGUCCAAGUGUUGGAAAGGGUGUAAACCUAAUUGCAUUUGUUUUCAUUUUAAAUCCACUUGCAAUACUUGCUCCCCUGCCUGCACAGUUUGCCAAAAUCAAAUCUGGAUUGGAUAAUCAGAAGCCUUCCUGUUUUAUAGCUCCCCGCUCCCUCCAUCUGGCUGAAUCAGAUCAGACAGCGUCAUGAUGGAGCGUUGAAAGGACAGUCCAUGUUUGCAGUAUACGUCUCCUGCUUCUGACCUGCCUGUGUGGCUUCCCAUUUUGCCAUGUUCAGGUUCCUUCCUGCCCUCUUUUUGUUAUGCAGCUGAGCUCAUAACCCAUCUGCCUCUCCGACCAGUGAUGUAAAUGUACCAGCUGCUUCUGAGGAACCACUCUGAAGAGGGCAGGGGGCAGGUCUUUUCCCUGUGCAUCAGCCUGCUUUUUUUGCAGCAAUAAGUCACUGCCUCGCCUCGCACCAACCAUGCUCUGCUCUCCCUUAAACCCUCACAUCUAACCUCCAUCUGAGAAUCAGAUCAAGUAAUCCUCUUACAGGUCAAUGAUUUUUUCUCCAGCAUAGCUUCAUUUAAGGGAUUUGCAUUAGUUCAUAAUGUGCUCUCGAUUGUGUUGAAAUUGAAAGGCUUGUUUAAAAAAACAAAGGGGGGGGGGAGGCUGGAAUUGGCUGGCAUAAAAAAAGCUUGAAGUUCUGUGUCCCAUCACAGAGAAAUCAAGAGGCAGAGACAGAGAGAGAGAGAGAAAGGGGCAGCAGUUUUAAAUCUUGCGCUUGGAAAAUGAAGGCUCUGCUGUUGUUGGUUCUACCAUGGCUAAGUCCUGCAAACUACAUAGACAAUGUGGGGAAUCUGCACUUCCUGUACUCAGAGCUGUGAGUACUCACAGUUGUGAUGUUGUGGUGGUGUCUCUGUGUUGUGUCUCUGUGUUGUCUUUUUAAAAGGAAUGGGAAAAAGACGUCCCUUUGUUACUUCUCCUUCGUACCUGUGUGUGUACAUAUGUAUGUGUAAUAAAUGAAUAAACCUGCUUAACAGUCACAUACCUAAUCUGAGAGGCUUGGAACAAGAAUGCCCUUUUGGGGGGGCACCUUCUCUUUUUAAAGUGCUGGGAAAAGCUGAGACGAGCAUUGUUUUCCUUCCCUACUUCCAUUUGCUGAGUUGCUUUUUGGGAUUGGGAGUCUUUUUCCCUGGACUAGAUUCAGGCAGAUGUGCAGAACACUCUGUAGAUGAACCGGUAGCUAGCCUACACACUCUUUCACUUGCUGAGAACCUUUUCACAAUGCAUAAUUUCUGUAGGGAUGUGAAAAUGUGCCCCAUUUCUGUCCACAGUCAGGAUGUUAAUUUUCUUUAACUCUGCUUUAUUUGGAAUAUACUUAAAGGAUCAUCAUUGUGUGUGUGUGUGUGUGUGUGUGUGUGUGUGUGAAUGUGUGUGUGUGUGUGUGUGUGUGGGAGGGAGAGAGAAUAUAAAUGCUAUUUUCCAUAUAUAUAUAUAUAUAGAUAGAUAUAUAUGGCAGCGUAGCUCAUAAACAAUGCUUGUUGAGUUAGCUUGUAAAUGUCAUGAUGAAUUGCCUUCUGAAUGCUGAUUAUCCUUAUUGAGGUUUUUGGGUAGCAAUGUAUAAUCUGUAAAAUAUGUUCCAAAGUGAAAUGGAUUUAGUGAAGUACGGUGUCACACGUUAGGAAAAUUCAUAUAGUGCAUGCAUAAUUUGCCUUUAAAAUGCAUAAAAUGAUGAUGAUGAUAUGGUUUCAAGGGGGGCAUUUCAAUAAUUGCUGUAACAUGCAGUGGCUGAGUGCGAGCAUGAGCACAUGUAUGUCUAGAAAUAGUAAUUUGCCUGGGUCGUUGCUGCUAGCAUUUUGAGAAAACAGUGUAAAAGGCAACUAUUAAUAUUUCAGGGACCUUUACAAGGAGCAUUCUGAAUUUCACUACAGGUCACACAGUCCCCGUCCCCCCCCCCCAAAAAAAAAGAAAUUGGUAUUAUAUACGUAGCUUAAUGGUUUAAAAAGAUCAUUAGGAAAAUAAUGGUUAGGGGAAGCAAAUUGUAGAGGAUCAAAUCAGACCAGAUAAACUUUCAUAAUAGAGACAAUGGCAUCUGGGACAUCCAGUUUCCAGGAAAACAAACAGAUGAGAUUAAUCAGAGCAUACACAGAGAAAACUCCUCCCUGUAGUUGUUUCCUAGGGAAUUCUGUUCCAUUCCUGUCACUCACAGAGGGCUACUAUGUACAGUAGCUACUCGACUUGAAUUUAUUUUGCCCUCUAACCUACAAAACCCUUAACUGCACUUUGAUUGCUAUUCUUGUUGACAUGCUCUUUACCCAAUUGGUUUGCUGUUGGAUGCGCCUCGCCAGUUAUCAGCAACAACCAAAUCUGUUUAGUGGUUCACUCUGCUGGGGGGAGGGGAGGGAGCAAAUCAACCACAGCACAGAACUGCAUGUGAACUGGGUCACAGCAGCAAAAUUAGGGUAUGAAACCAGCAAAUAUUGCUCCUGUUGUAAAGAAGUCAGUGCAACAAGGCUAGAAUGGGACACUUACCUUUUGUGUGUGUGUCUAGGUUUCAAUGCAACAAGGAUGUACAAUGCUAAUCUAGAAUGCUGUGUAUGGCUGGGUUUGAUUUCUCUGUUUGGUGAAUGAGCAAGGCAUCUCAAAGUGUGUCUUUUUUAUCUUUGUUGUACUAUGGAGGGGCAUGAGAGCUAUGAUUCACAACCCUAGAUAUGUGGAAAAGACCGAAGCGAGUUAGAGGCUCUCUGCCUUGAAGCUGGUAGUGUCUCUCCAAGGGAUAAUUCUUGAAACAGGACAUGCCAGGGAUUGAACCUAGGACAUUCAGUAUGUGAAACAUGAACUCUGCUCUUAAUAGGCCCCCUACCUCUUCUUUAUUAUGAUUCCACAUAUACUAGAACUGAGCCUUGGCAACAAAGGCAAGCUUUUCUGCUCAGCCUGGUGAGCAGCAGCUAAAAUUAAAUCCUGCCUGCAGCGCUACUCAACAAGAAUUCCAAAUAUUAGUCAACACUAAUAUUACAGAUUUGCAGAAAUAUAUUGUCAGCCCAGCACCUGUUGCUGCCCCCAAUACAUCUGUCUUGUGUGGUGCAUUGGUGUCUUUCAGGAUCCCUUGGUAUGUUGCAGAGGGUGCUGGGUUGCCACUCUUAGAUCACACAUAAGCUUCUCAAGUAACCAAUAGAUUGCUUGGUGUUGUUGUAUUUUUGUUGUUAUCCUGUUCUGGCCUGGCUGCACUCCAGCAAAGAAUUGAACUUGAGCAAAGUUGUUCAUCAGCAGGAAACAGGGCCAAGCAAGUGGAUCAAAGCUGUGCAGGACCUUGGACAGUUCCCAGAGACUAUGAUCUGCCCAGAUGCCCAGAUCAAAAGUAUCCUUCUGGACUUGAUGACUGCCAGAGUGAAGGGGCAGGGAAUUUGAAGAAGCUGCGUCUGGUUGACUCACACUGUGCAUUCUGCCUUCCCCUAGCAGAGCAAACAACCUUGGAUGGUGUACUGGGCAGAUUCAGGCUUAUCCACACUUCCUCUUGUUUCGUUGCUUUCCCCCAGGGAAAACUGCUCUUUAGCACUCAGUCAGAGCAAACAGCCAUUCGGGUUUUCUCCAAUUUGACAUCUGCUCUUUAGUACUAAAGCAGAACAAAAUUUCCCUGGGAAAGGAGCAAGCACAGUACAAGCAGAAGUGUGAAUGAGCCCUCAGACUACUCGCCUGAAAAGACUGAGCACCUUCUUCCAUGUUGGGAGUCUGGUAACUUCUCAGAGAUGUUUUUGGUCAUUUCCCUCACAGUCUCUACAUCCAAAGGGCUCUGAGGUGAUAUAGUCCCUUUGGCAGAUGAUUCUGGUUCAAAGUCAUUAUCAGAAGGUUUCACAUGGGAAACAGUAAGAGGCUGGGUCACUCCAGUUAUCAGUUGCACUCAGUGCUAUUUUUCUAGAAAAAGAGGUGCCGAAACUCACCAUGAACGCCACCUCUGUUCUCUUAUAAUGGCAAUGGUGCCCACCUGAGAGGUGCCAGAACUGAGUUCUGCCUGGAAAAAAAAUGCCCUGGUUGCACUACUGCUCCAAACCAGUGCAUGCCUAGACUCCAGUCAAGAGUGUUCCUCAGUGGUGCUGGAAGGAUAUAUAUAUAUAUAUUUAAUUUCUGCAAAUAGAUGGCCUUGUGUUGGGAAUAAAAUUAAGACAUUUUAACCAGUAAGGGUAUAAUGGCCAAUUGAAUACUAUGACCUAUGCACUUUUACACAGAAGUCACCAUGGGGCUUGUUCACAAGUAGGUGUGCAUCCAGUUGUAGCCUCAAAAGUAUUCAAAUAGAAAUAGUCCAGAAAACUUUUAGCCAGUCCACUCACUUGCCACAAAAGAAGGAAGUGCUUGGCUGGCUCCUUCUGAAAAUUGCAGUCACCCAAAAGAAAUGAUACUACAGCCCUGCUGUGUAGCUCCUCUUCCUCUUCCAUUUCAACCCCAUAAUUCAGAUGGUCAAACAAGUUCCUCCCUCUGUGUUCAGAAGCAUGCCAAGCCGGGCAUUAGGUUUCCUGAUGUACACAGGAAUUGUCUUUCAGCUGCCACACAGAUCAGUGAAUCCCUGUGGUUUGCAAGGUAAAUGGGCUGAGGGCGUGUGUGCGGCUUUGUCCCUCUCCCCACCCUUGUACUUCGUGCAAGAACUGCAUUGCGUGCUUUUGCUCCAUGUUUCUUGCUUUUGCUUGCUUGCUUCUGCAGCCCAGACCUCAUGAGACAGGCAAAUGAGGACAUUACAGCACAGCUGAUUCUAUGCAGCUUGAAAGGUGGUAGUGUUGGAAGUUGCUGCAGAUGAUGGUUAACGGGCAUUAUUUUUAAGAGGUGUUGGCCUCAAGUCUUGUCUGUCCAGAUGCGUCUUGGCGUUCACACAAGACACAGCACAUAUUUAGUUCCCGCCUUCAUUGGUGCUUUGAGUAGGUAAUCCACAUUUGAGUCUUUGAAAUGCAUGUCAAGACUCAAUCCCAGGGAACCCUCUUUCAAGCUGAAGAUGACUUCUGCCCUCAUUUUGUUGCACUGUACAUUUAAAGGGAAUGAUCUGAGCCUUCUUCGUCCUAUCUGUGACAGGAAGCUGCCUCAUAUUGAGCCAGACCAUCUAGGUUGGUGUUGCCUACUACACUGACUUGUAGAAGCUUUUGUGGGUUUCAGGAAAGAGAUUUCCCAGCCUUACCAGAGAUUGAAUCUGGGGUGUUUUGCAUGCAAGGCACGUGCUCUGUGACUGAGCUAGGGCUGUGUUAGGCUGUGAGACAGUAAUUGACUCAAGGUAACCCUGUGAGCUUUAUGGGUAAAGAGAUCUGCAAGUUGGACAUCCUACCAAGUCCUUGUUCUCAUUCUCAUAGCAGUGUACUGUGAGGCCCCAGGGCAGACAAAAACCCUUAUUAUCAUAAAGGCCAGCAGCUUUGCAAUCCCUGAUACAGCCUCUUCUAGGAACAUUUGAGAUACAUGGGGGUUUAUCUUCUAUUGCUUUCCCACCCACCCACCCCAGAACAUGCUCUGACAAAUCUCUGCUGCUGUCUUCUGCCAUAUAAAAGGAUGGAUAGUGCAACUAAUGCAAUUUAAAUGAAAGCACUAACAUAUUUUACCCUCUGGUGCUCAUGGAAAGCGCUUCUAUAUUUCAGGGGCAGCAUUUGGCUUCAGUUGAUGUCAUGUUGCAUGUAGUAUUUGCUCCUGGCUGCUUUGUGACAGUUUUCAGAAACAGUAACAUCAGGCAAAGUCAGUUAGGGACAGGGUUUCUGCAGCAAACCAUCAGAAUCAAGCUAGCUGCUGAAGUUAAAGCAGAGCAAGGCAAAAGGUAAUACUGUCAUUGCAAUCCCGUUGAAUAAAUAAGAAUUCCUCCAUUGGGGUUGAGUUUUAUGCGUAUGUUGCAUGAAGGAAGCUGCCUUGCAUGCCGAAAUGGAAAGGGGGACAACCAAUCUGGUUGCAGUGUGUGCUUUAUUGGAUAGAGAGCUGAUUCAGAGCAGGGAGAUCUAGAUUCAAAUUUCCACUUGCCUGUGUAAACUCACCUUCUCACAGCCUAAAGGAAGUAUCCUGGGUGGCUGUGAGCUUCCAGGAGGAUAAAUCUUGUUUAAACCACCCAGAGGUCACUGUCUGAAGGAACACUCUGAACACUCAUGCUCAUUGGCUACAUUCAGAUGAAGGAAAGCUACUGCAUCUCAAUCUUUUUCUGGUUAUUUGGCUAUAACUUUUGAUAGAAUCCAGAUAAUUGAACUAACUUUGUUGCAUUGCAUUCUUCAUUAAAUUAUCUUUCCACUGAUAUAUAAUUUUAUGGCACUACAGUGGUACAUCGGGUUACAUACACUUCAGGUUACAUACACUUCAGGUUACAGACUCCGCUAACCCAGAAAUAGUACCUCGGGUUAAGAACUUUGCUUCAGGGUGAGAACAGAAAUCGUGCUCCGGCAGCGCAGCGGCAGCGGGAGGCCCCAUUAGCUAAAGUGGUGCUUCAGGUUAAGAACAGUUUCAGGUUACGUACAGACCUCCAGAACAAAUUAAGUACUUAACCCAAGGUACCACUGUACUACAAAAAUAAGUGGUGGUAUGAGCCAUCAAACCUCGGAAAUACACUUUCCCCAAAAGGUUUCCACAGUUUGGCCACUAGUGUAGAUAAUAUUGUGGGAUGAUGCUGAUGAAAAGGAUGGUGUAUGGCUGACUGGUGAUGACAGAAACAGCACCUAGAAAGGCAUCUUUCCUCUUGUGCUGAGGAUGGUGGUGCAGGGCUCUCUGAGAUCCACUCGUUCAGCUCUCUCUUAGAAACUGCUGGCCGUGGUGUUGCUACGGCUCCAUGCGGUUUAUGCCUCUUCUCUGUGUGUGCUCUCAGCCCGCAGGGGACACUUUGAAUACUCAGCUGCAUGCCAAGACACAGAAAAUCAAUUUGAAGCCCCAAAAGAUAGAAUGGCUGACGGAGAAGGUCACUAAACACUCACCAGCUGCUCUACUCCUUGAAGCUUGGAGGCAGAUUCAUCACAAAGGUCAAGGGUGCUUAAUAAAAAUAUAAUAAAAAAUUAAAAUCUGCCGGGUGUGCUUUAGUGUUACAAGGACAGACCUACAGGCGACUGCAGGGGCUGAGCUGAGAGUCUUCUUCUUGUCCAUCAUGAAUAAAUGGGUGGAGGGAAUUGCUUUUCGUAUUGCCAGAACAGAACAGUGUUGUCAGAGCUAUUAGAUAAAGGCCAUGAGAUCCAUGAUUGUCUCUGUCAGGCCGCCAAAGCUAGGCCAAACUAGGUUAAUUGUAACAGAUUAGGGCAGGGUGAGCUAGGCCUCCAAUGUACGGAAGCAGCUCACUUUCAUUCCAUACUGUUAGGGUGCCUGCUGCGCUUGUUCCUCUUUGCUUCUCACCCCCAAGGAUGGCCUUCCAUUGGAUAGAUGGGACAUUUGUCCAGGAGUGAGGAGGGCUAUCUACGCAGCAGCCAGGUAUGCAAGCAUAGCCCCACACUGCUCACCAGCAACACAGCCAGUCAGCUUGACUCCUUGGAAGUGGUUGCACCUCUACAGCAAUGACUGGACACUGUAUGCAUAAAGAAACUGCUCACAAGUUUAACAUUUCUGGAUGUUCCCCAUUCUGCACCUAAGUCUGUGGUCCUGCACUCACAUACUUUGGGGAGUAACAUGAACUCGGCAGGACUUGCUUUGGAUUUGGCUAUAUCAAGCAUAGGCAAACUCGGCCCUCCAGAUGUUUUGGGACCACAACUCCCAUCAUUCCUAGCCAACAGGACCAGUGGUCAGGGAUGAUGGGAGUUGUAGUCUCAAAACACCUGGGGGCUGAGUUUGUCUAUGCCUGGGCUAUAUGGACCAGCUAUAAGGCCCCUUUGGGAUGCAGGUGGCGCUGUGGUCUAAACCACUGAGCCUAGGGCUUGCCGAUCAAAAGGUCGGUGGUUGGAAUCCCGCGACGGGGUGAGCUCCCAUUGUUCAGUCCCAGCUCCUGCCCACCUAGCAGUUUGAAAGCACAUCAAGUGUAACUAGAUAAUAGGUACCGCUCCGGCGGGAAAGUAAACGGCAUUUCCAUGCAAUGCUCUGGUUCGCCAGAAGCAGCUUAGUCAUGCUGGCCACAUGACCUGGAAAAACUGUCUGCAGACAAACGCCAGCUCCAUCAGCCAGUAAAGCGAGAUGAGCGCCGCAACCCCAGAGUCGUCUGAGACUGGACUUAACUGUCAGGGGUCCUUUAUCUUUUUUUAUAAGCCCCCUUGAGCCCCAUGACAAACUUCUGAAUGAGCUGCAGUACCUCCUCCUGUCCCAUAUUGGCAGCAGUGGAUAGCUAGCUUAAGGCACCAGUGAUUUCCCCUUUCUGGCAUAGUGAGCGGAGUCUGAACAUCUGGUUCGAGACCUCUGGCACUUUAUACAGCGACAGAUUGUUUCCGCUGAUAGGUGUUCAGUCAAACUGCUCUGUUAAUUUGUACCAUCAACUCUCAUUUAAGUGGUUUAUAGCUUGUUAACAUGUUUACUUAGAUGUAAGUCGCAACGCAACUUACUUCCAUUCAAUUCAUUACAGGGAGAUGCAUGGGUGCUACUGAGCCAUGCAUCAUUUUUCAACUCUCUGGUAACAUGUAGUUGAAAUUUCUACUUCCAAACACCAUUUCACUGCUUCCUGCUUGAAGUGGGUGGGGAAAUGCAAACUGGUGAUGUCCCGCUACAUGUCUUUUCAACCAUGCACCACUUAGAAGAUUCAGUGGGGAGAUGGUGAUUGCCAGCCCUAAAGUAUUUCUCUAUAACUGGAAGUUUGGACUUAACUUAUUUGUUAUUUCAUAAACUUUCAUGCCCAACAGAUUCAUCAGAUGCACAAAGGAGAUUAGAACGUAGUAGCUUUAUGUAUUCAGAGAUUUAAGUACGGUGGAGGGCACAUCAAUUAGAUAACAAAGUAUACGUAAAGGCAUUUUGACAGCUGAACUGAAAUGCAGCAAAUAAAUUAGUUUUGAAUGCAAUUUUAUAGAUGGGGAUGAUGAAAAAUGAGGCCAUUAGUUUGCAGGAUAAGAUAGAUCUAAAAGAACAAAACUGACGUGGGGAAAUCAAACCUUAGUUAAUAGCUUCUGACCUACAUUUUCCCAUCAUUCAUUGUUGCCCAGUGAAUAUUGCAUUCAACAAGCCUAGAUGCUCACUUCACCAUCCUUCAGGCCCACAGCACAGUCUGUCUGAAGAGGCAGUAGAGUUCUUACAUCCCAAGUGUGGUCUAACACGCUUUGCUGGCAUAAGAUGUACCAAACAUGAUAUUGGUGUGCUCAGCCACGAGACCACCCCUUCUCUAAUUGUUGCAAGCAGGCCUCUUUGAUUCUUUUUGCACCCUACCAGCGGAAACCCAUCCAUCUCCUAUAAAGAAAAAAAGCCCUUAUAUUAGAGAAAAGGGAUCUGGUAACAGAUGCCAGUGGUCUUCAGUGAAACUAGAUGCAGGUAGUCCUAGCAGGCUGCCCCACUUACAGCAAAUGAAGUUCAAGGCAUUGUAUUCUACCCAGAAACAGACUAUACUAAAAGAUCAUGAUUUCUUAGCAGAAAAUGUUAUGCAUCAUUUCCAGUUGACAUACUGGGAUUUUUCUCACAACUAUUGCCUUUAUUCGCUCUUCCCCAAGGGGGGUGUUAUGUUGUUGUUGUUGUUGUUGUUGUUGUUGUUGUUGUUGUUGUUGUUGUGGGCAGAUCCACUUUUCAGGUUUUUUCAAAUAACCAGCUUACUUUGGAAGUACCCAUUCCCAAAGUUACUGAUUCUAGCUCAUUGGGAAGUACCCUAACAAUGUUGACUCCCCAUUAAGUCAUUGAAGUUUAACUAUAUGUCCAUAUUUCCAAGGAAGAGUCAGUGGAAUGAAUUCUGCCAUUCCAACUACAGUGGUACCUCGGGUUAAGUACUUAAUUCAUUCCGAAGAUCCGUUCUUAACCUGAAACUGUACUUAACCUGAAGCACCACUUUAGCUAAUGGGGCCUCCUGCUGCCACUGCGCUGCCGGAGCACGAUUUCUGCUCUCAUCCUGAAGCAAAGUUCUUAACCCGAGGUACUAUUUCUGGGUUAGCGGAGUCUGUAACCUGAAGCGUAUGUAACCUGAAGCGUAUGUAACCCGAGGUACCACUGUAUUUAGGAAGUGAAUGAGUUUGUUCAUUAUCUGCAAACACUACACUACACAUCUGCUGUCAAAUCAGGAUAAUAUAUACAUAUAUAAUUUGCUGGGGGGGAGAGAACCAUAUAUCAUCCUUGCUCAAGAUUCAGCCUUGAAUAUUAAAUUCUUAUUUUGAGAAAUGCAGAGGGUUGUAUUUACAGGUCUACUAUCUCUUCUCUUCAUUCUGCAAGAUCCCCUUCCUUUGGCAAAGCCAAACUCCAACGGAAGGAGUCGGCAGAAGGAAAAUAUGGGAUGCACAUGCCUUUGUGUGUGUAUUUUUCAUGUACUUGCAUACAUUUUGGGCCCUCCCAUUGCAUUGGACUUGAGAGACUUUGUGUAAUGGUCAAGGAAUGCAAUAUUCAUUUAUCUUCUUCCGGGAUCCAAAUUUAAUCUUAUAUUACCCUUGAUAUAGCUACACAAGGAAAACAUUAAGCUGGCCUCUGAUUUUUCUUGGACUGUGCUUAGAAUAAGCUGGCUAAUGUGCAAAUUAUUUUGACAACUGAUCCAAAACACAGGAGAAGACAAGUUUGUUGACAUCUUGUUGGUGUGGUUUGAGGUUAAACAGGAAACUUUACAAAUGGAGCAUCAUUACAAUGCCAUAAAUGAAAAAUGUAUUAUAUAGUUUUUUAUUUGAACCUGUAAACCUUAGGCCUCAAACACUGAAGACCUCUUUAAACAUUACCAUUUCCUCUAUAUUGAGGAGAAGAAGAAGAAGAGUUUGGAUUUGAUAUCCCGCUUUAUCACUACCCUAAGGAGUCUCAAAGCGGCUAACAUUCUCCUUUCCCUUCCUCCCCCACAACAAACACUCUGUGAGGUGAGUGGAGCUGAGAGACUUCAGAGAAGUGUGACUAGCCCAAGGUCACCCAGCAGCUGCAUGUGGAGGAGCGGGGAAUCGAACCUGGUUCACCAGAUUACGAGUCCACCGCUCUUAACCACUACACCAUGCUGGCAAUGCCCUUAAAUCAGGUGUGGGGAACAUGCAGCCCCGCGUGAUGUUGGAUUCCAAACCUCAUCAACCACAGUCAGCAUUGCCAAUAGUGAAGAAUGAUGGGAGUUGUAGUCCAACAAUAUCUGGAGGGUCGCAGGCUCACCCUGCUUUAAAGUGCAGCAACUCCAGCUGACCUCUUGAGUUGUUUGGUUGGGCCAACCUUGGAUUAGAAAGGGUUUUGCAUCUGAAUUUUGACUAUUUGUACACGUACGAAAUUUGUUGAUAUUUUUGUACAUCCCUCAUUCCCUUUGGAAGCGCAGCUGUUCCCAGCAGCUGGGGAUUGAAGGGACGUGACUAUAUGUUCUGGCCAUGUCAUGUUCAUGUAAAACUAGUGUCUUAAUUCUACUUUUUAACACCUGGGAGGCUCUCCUAGAAGUGUGUGUGUGUCUGUGUGUGUGUGUGCGUGUGCGCGCACGCUUUGAAAGCCAGAAUCUGCUCUAACAUUCUUUAUUGCAUGAAUGUUUGUCCUUUGUUUUUGUAUGCUGUUCUUCCUCGCUAAAUAUGCAGUGUGUACUUUUUGGACAAUUGCUUAAUCUCAUGAUUUGGAACAUUGCUUGGGUCAUAAGUGUUGCUUUGCCACCAUCACCAAUGAGACUUUUUUCCUUCCAAAUUUCCUUCUCCCAGAAGAGAUUAAAUUCCAGGACAUUCUUGUUGUAUCCAUCCAAGACAUGAAGAUGAUAAGAGUGGACAGUAAUGGUUGCUACAUUUCACAUUGCAUGUGCACAGCUUUUGAAUUUGGCAACUGUAGUAGAACAGAGAACUUUCAGAUGGAGAGUAGAUAUAAAGUCUCAUUAGCUGCAUGGCCGUUGCAGACCAGAUUACAGAAGGGGGAGAAAUUUGGCUGGGCCUUCAAUUUAAUACAAAUCUAGUGCAUUCAACUUCCAGUAUGCAAACUGAAACACAGCUAUCCUUCGAGGUCCACACCUUUCCAAAUUUUGCAAUGAGGUUCUUCAACCAAAAGACGUGUAUAGGAAUGCAUAUGUUAGGGACAAAAUGCAGUUCAAAAUGCAAAAAUUGUUUGCAAAAUAUUUGGCAAGACUGGAUACAAAAAAUGCAUCUAGGAGAAUGCUGCACUAAAACACUGAUAAAUUUUCACUAGGUCUUUUUUAAAAUCACAAACUUGAUGCAAAAAUGUAGCAAAGGAAUAAAUGAGAAACAGAGAGAAACUGAAACUGGCAGCUACGUACACCCAUAAACCAGAUUAAUGCAUAUUUCAGUUUACUGCAAGCAAAGUCUGGAGGGCACCAGAUUGGGGAACGGUGAUACAGCUUUAGAUACUUAACCAUUCUUCAGCUAUAACGCCAACAAGGGGACUUCCAAACAUUUGUCGCUACUGUUAGACAGACAGUUCUUGAAGCAGGAUGUCCUCAUUAACCCUUGCAAGGGUUUUGACCUACCAUUACUUUACAAGCACAAAGCUCCCCCUAAUUCCCAUGGGGAUUCCACUUAUCCACCCAGCUAGGAGGAAGCGAAACAAGGAUUUACUCCCUUCUUCCAGCUGGACGAUGUGGUUUGUCAGUGAUUGAAUCAACAUGCUGGUCACUCACUAUACACUAUGAUAUCUGUAAGAAGUCAUAACAUGGAGAUACAUGACCUAAACAUGGGGGAAAAGCUUAUAGAAGGCAAACUACCCUAAAUUACUUACUGGUAAAAAAUAACAAUGAACCCUAAUUCAGACCAGAUACACAUUCUAAGAAUAUGUUUCACUCCCUGCUUCUCUGUCAUCAAAUUUCAUCCUUUGCAAUCUAUCUUCAAUAUCCAGGUCAGUUAUUUGAUGGCUGCUGUAUCAAAUAACUCAUUGAAAUAUACGAAAAGUCUCUUGGGGGGGGUCUUUUCGUUUGCAAUUAAUGCAAACUUAUUUUCAUCCAGGUUUCUCCAGCUAUUGGUUGUUGAGAUGUUUCCGCCGCUCAGUAAAUACAUGCUGACAAGCAAUUAAAAAUCUAUACCCUGGGAUGCCAUGCAGUGCCACUGAGCAUCAGGGGAGCUUUGCAGACAAUGGUGAGAAUUCCUGCUUAAUGGAAGGAGUCUGUUUUGCGUGUCCUGUGCCAUGGAAGGCCAGGGGAACAAAAAUAGCAUUUGGCAGAAAUGCACACUUCUACCACUUCAGAGUGGUUUGUACACAUCAGUUAUGCUUCAUAGCUCCUGUUUUCCACAUGUGACUAUGUGGAUGGCUUUUGUUUUGUUUAAAUGAGAAAUAAUGCAUGAUUGGGGGGGAGAAAUGCUGUUUUUCCUCCUGUUUUCGCUCAACAUAUCCCGUGACUUAAAAUGGUUUGACUGUAAAUCUCUCACCCCAGAUAAUUCUGGGAACUGUAGCAGUAUGAAGAAGCAGCUAGCAGCUUAUCAAACUAGGGUUCUCAGGAGUCUUUGGGAUAUACCAUUAGAGCAGUGGUUCCCAACCUUUUUUUUGGCCGUGCCCCACCUAAGCACCUCUAAAAUCCUGAUGCCCCACCCCCGUGACAUAUAAUUCUUAUUAUUAAAAAAAAAAAAGUGAACUCCUAUUCAUGUGGAGGAAGCCUAAAAGGCCAUUACUUGGUGUAAACAAGCUUCCAAAUUCCCCCCCCAUUAAAAAUCGAAUUGCCCCCCUAUGGGGUGUGUGCCCCACAUUGGGAACCACGGCAUUAGAGUGAGGGCUCACCCACACUUCUGCUUCUCCUGUGCUUUCUAGGCAUGGGUCUGAGCAGUUUUGCUUUUGCCCUGUCACUUUUUCCUGGAAAGCCUUCUCUUUAGCAAUAAAUCGGAGCAAGCAGUAGUCCCUGGAAUACCCGGUUGCCAUUUGAUCCCAUUCAGCGCUUAACUGGAGGUUUCCCCGGGGGAAAGCUGUGGGCAAAUGGAAGGGUGGAUAGGCCCUUUAAAGUGGUCCAGCUCUGAGGGCCUUCUGGCGGUUCUCUCACUGCGAGAAGCCAAGUUACAGGGAACCAGGCAGAGGGCCUUCUCGGUAGUGACACCCUCCCUGUGGAAUGCCCUCCCACCAGAUGUCAAAGAGAACAAUAACUACCAGACUUUUAGAAGACAUCUGAAGGCAGCCCUGUUUAGGGAAGCUUUUAAUGUUUGAUGCAUUACUAUAUUUUAAUAUUUUGUUGGAAGCUGCCCAGAGUGACUGGGGAAGCCCAGGCAGAUGGGCAGGGUAUAAAGAAUAAAUUAUUGUUAUUAUUAGUGUAGACAGCAUAUCUACCAGACCCAUAGGCCCUAAGGUCACUCCGUCAUCUGCACCAGUUACUAGGGAAGGAAAUAGUACCCAUUGGCAGAGAGUCUCUCUCUUUUCCCAUUCGCUCACAAGAAAAUACCAACCAGCCUCUUCCCACAGCCCCUUAGAAGAUGGGGAUGCUGAUGAUUACGUUUAUAUCCCACCUUCCCUCCAAGGUGCUUAAGGUGGCAUACAUGAUUCCCCUUCUCUCCAUGUUAUCCUCGCAGCGUGGUGGUGACUGCUCCAGUGAACUUCAUCGCCACGUGAGGUCUUGAACCCUGGUCUCCCAAGUUCUAGUCCAGCACUCCAACUGCCACACCACACUGGCCAUGAAGACACAUCAAUAAAUGCUGCCAUUAGGGUGAAAAAAUAUUCCCCUAUCCCCAGUGUUAUUUUUCUAGAAAAAGAGGUACCAGAACUCACUAUGAACACCUCCCUCGUUCUCUGAGAAUGGCAAUGGUGCCCACCUGAGAGGUGCCGGAACUGAGUUCCUGAGAGCUGGAAAAAAAGCCCUGUCUAUCUCUGAUAUAUGGAGAUAGAUUUGGCAUUUCUGUCUGUUGCAGCACCUGGUCCUUGUUUUUGUGUCUCCGCUAUGUGACCUGUUGUUGCUGGUGAGUAGCAGUUUUAGUUUUAGGGGUGUUUAAGGGAGGGCUUUCCUGCCACUCAAAGCCGGUGCGAAGGAAAUGUCCGAAAAUGGUUGUGGAUCCUUAAUGAUACAUUGGAGUUGUACAUGACAACAAAUGGCGUUCUGUCACUAUUCUGCCCUGUAAUAUGCAAUUCCUGGGUACUAAUCUGACCUACUUAAUCUGCUUCUUUACUUUACUGGAUGGGUGUUAUGGUCUGAGAAACCCAUAAGAUGUCCAUCUCUGAUGAAUGGGCCAGAAGUACAGAUGGGGUUGUACCUUAGAGCUUGGAUGUAGGCCAUGGAUUUUGUGGUGUGUUCUGGAUAGUAGCUGGAAGCAUGUAGAUAUGUGUGGAGGUCUGUAGGCUUCUAAUAUAAGGUGGUGCUUAUAGUUCCAUCAUGUUAAUAGCACCGCAGUGCCCAGAAAGUACAUACAUUUUGUAUGGACUAAUCCUGGCUUUGUUUGGUGGGGCAAAGGUUGUCAGACGUUUGGUGAUCUUCUGAGAUACCUCCUGUCUGUGAGUCCAGAAGACACCCGAAGAAAACAGUUACUGAAGAAAAUGUUGGUGGAUGAAAGACGAUACGGUAAGUUAGGCCAGGGCUUUUAUUUUUUCAGGGGAAACUCACAGGAACUCAGUUCAGGCACCUUUCUGAUGGGUGCCAUUGCCAUUCAAAAAGAAUGUGGGAGGUGUUCAUUGUGAGUUCCGGCUCUUUUUCUAGAAAAAUAAUACUGCGCUAGGCCCAUGGCAAACAGAAAAAUUCAACAGCAGUAUGUCAUUGCAUGAAAUAGCAAGUUUGAAAGCGAAUUUGCAGAGAAGUAGUGUCUAUAUUGCUUUUGUGUCUGGAAGUGGGAGAGUUUGCGACUUAAUUUGAGGAAGCAGGAAAGUAAAUGUUAAAGCAUAUUUUAAAGUGAAGCCUUUGGGGAAUUGGGGAGACACACACUUGCUAAUAUAACUAUUCAAAUCUAUGCUAGAAGGAAGAGAAGAAAAAUAAAUAGUCUAAGGAAACUAGAUAUAUCCAUGGGUAUAAAGACUUCAGCCUGUGCUCAAUCUUGUUUUUAGUCAGAAUUUUGGAGCUGUUUGCAAAUGGACACCAUGAGGGCUAGUGGCUUGUGUUUUUUGUGUUUUUUUUCAAAAGAGAAAGCUAAGAUUCUCAGGGUAAAAAAAAUCCAGAGUUUCCCCAUCUGGGACAUUAUAAGGAAUAGUGCUUUCUAUGAUAGAUCUAAGAGCAUUAUAUAUCUAAAAGCUGGUCAUUUUGGGAGGAUUAGCCAUCUGUGUUGACAGGCUGUUACAGCUAUACUUACAGAAAGCAAGCAGGAUUUGUUUUAAAUAUGUCUGCAUUCAUUCUGUCAGCACAUCAGAUGCUUGAUGCAGGACAUGAGAGUGAAAGUCACUAUCAUCCAGAGGUGAUGGUUUUGGAAUAUGUGUGCAUUCCUAGUCCAUGGGGGAUACCCAUGAGUAGAAUAACAGAUAUAUAAUGGCCUUAGGGUAGCUGAUUUGGGUACAUUGAGAAACAGAAGUGUGUCCUAGUCUGGUCAAUGCCUGGAUAAGAGACUGCCAGGGUUAUCCAUGUAUGCUGUUCUGAGCUUCCUCAAAGAAAAGUAAGAUGUGGAGGGGUAUUGCUAUGUCCUUUAAAAAUUCAGGUCAGAGGCCCGUGACCAAUAUUUGCAUAACAUUUGCACAUACUAAUUUAUUUCCAGACAAAUUGAAGCAAAUUUCAGAGGGAAAGCAACAUAUUAUUUUAAAUUAAAGUUUUUAAAAAGCCAGGGGAAGAGGCAGGAAGUCUGGGUCCAGGUGCAGAGGAACCAAGGAUCGGGCCCCCUGAGUUGCUCCAUUAGCAAUGCCCCCUGGAUAUUUGUAAAGAGCUGUCCAUUUUCUGGGUUGCCUGCUCAGUGGUGAACGUUUGUGGAGAGAAACAAUGGGUGGUAAGCAGCUGCUUUUGACUCAGGGUAGACCACCUUGGAAUUUAUCAACACGCCUGAGUCAGGACCAUUGAUUUCAACAGGUCUCCUCUGAGUAAGGCUUGGUUGAAUCCCAUGCAAUACGUGGUUACUUUCUACCCAGGCAAUGAAGGAAAAAUCCCCAAAUAUUUGUGUCAGUGAGACUUCACUAAAACCAAUAAAGAAAAUAAAAUAUAAAAUAUUUAGAUAGGUAUGGUGCCUCAGAAUAACUGACACAGAUGAUAUCGCUCUCAUUUUCUGAGCAGGAAAGCUACAGAGACUCUCCAGCUCAAGGGAAGUGGGGUGAUGGGAGAAUCAAACGUUCUGCUGUCUCCUCAACAUGGCGGCUGCAUCCCUUGCAGCAUCCCCUCUCUACCUUCUUCCUGCCCCACCAUCAUGGAAACCUAGGAAGUCGCCUCAUCGUAGUCACACCCUAUCUCAAUAUUGUCUACACCUGUCAGUGGCUCUCCAAGGUUUCAGGCACCAGCUUUAUCCAGCCCUCUCUGGGGACACCAGGGAUUGAGCCUGAGACCUUCUACACUCAAGGCAGGUGUGCUCCCCUCAUAGAUGACACUUGUGGACCUGUCAGCUUUGGCAAUGUGAGCCUACAGUCCAAGAAGGACUGUGACGAUAUUUGCAUGUGUUCUUAGUUUGAAAAUAAGCCACGUUGGGCAAUAUUUGGGAAACCAUGAAUCAUGAUUUAAAAUAAAAAUUAAAAAAAAUAAGGAAAUAUUUCAGACAGCAUCAUGAAGGCAAGAAACAAUUUGUUCAAAUGUGGUGUGCAGUAUUAAUGUGAGACUUCCACAUUCAAGUCAUGUGGCUAAGAUUGGAGUAGAAAUCUACUAUUUCUUGACAGACAGAGAAAGAGAGAGACAUAAUUUUCUUCCCUCUAAACCAAGGAGCCCCUGCUGUGACAGGGUUAUAGUCACAUGCUGUCAUUCACUUUUGUUCUUUAAAAGGUUCUUUGCAAGUUGCUAGAGGUCAGAUUGCGAAUUGAUCAGGUCAGGAGAAUCACUGUCUGUCUUUUCUUCCUCUUUUUUUUUUGGUUUUUAAUUAAAAACCUUUAUUUGCAAUAUUUCCUCUCCAUCCAUCUCACCGGCAACUUGGCAACUGAUUUACAUCUUUAAACUUUUAACCAACCCUUUGCAGGCCGUUAACGACGGGAUUCGAUGUGCUUUCUUUGGACAACGUGGGUUAUUUACUGCUCAUUACUAUUGGGACGUGCUGUCCGUUGAAAUGUCGAUACCUAAAAGAGCCAGUGGGGGAUGAAGGUCGGAGGUAUUAAGGUCACAGAGGUCAGAGGUAAAUGUCACUAAAUCCAGACUUCUGGGAGGCUAUUAACACCAUGCUCCGUCAAAUGCAGAAGUGUAAAGACAGUGUCCAAUUGUUUGCAGUGAUCUGCCUGGGGCUUCUCUCAGCAUCUCGGAGCAACUAGAGCCAGGAGGCCAGUGAAGUCUGGAGCCUAAUCUUUAAAAGAUGCUUCGAACCAAGCCCAGGGCACUUAAAAACUAUUCAAUGCUUCAAAUGUGGGCACUGCUGCCCCAAUUGUGUAUUGGCACAAGCUUCCCAAAUCAGCAUCCCUGAACUAAGAGGAGGUUUUAGAUGGCAUUUAGAUGGUAAGAAACCCAUUGGGACCUGAUAUAAUCUGAAACUUGUAGAAGCACUGCAAGGUUAACACGAAAUGUCAAAGGAAGUAUAGAAAGAAGCAGUACGUCAUCACAGCUCAGUGUUCAGAGUGGCAUGCCAAUGUUUUUGAAUGUUCAGCAUGAAUGUAUAAUACUAGCAGGAUGCUCACAAAAUUCUAGGACUGUGAAGGGAAAUGUAGCUCCGUUGCACAUAAAAUGUCCUAGAUUUAAUUCUGACAUCUCUAGGUUGGGGUUGGACCAGACUCCAGUCUGUACUCUGGAUAGUCGCUACCAGUCAGUGUAGUCAAUAUUAAGCUAAAUGGACCAGUGGCUUGUCCCUAAAAUAGGCUAUAGUUUCUAAGUACAAGAAGGGCUUCCACAGAAUCAUUAAAGCUUAUUCUGUAACUCUUGUAACACAGGCGCAUAUCUUUGCUAAUUUCAGUUUGCAAGAACACAGGUUUCUUAUACCAGAUCCAUCUAGCCAAGCAUAACGCUAAACAGUGGUGUAGUGUUUUGUUCAUGAAUCUGGGGCUUGCACCAUGGCUGCAAGGAAGGGAUUGGUAGCUUUUGCUUCCACUUUCAGCUAGUCACAGUUUAGUGUUGUAUUGGAACCCUAAACUGCACUUAAUCUUAACUAGAGUUUAGAGGAACAAGUGUACUUUACAAACCACAAUUUGAGACUAAUGUGUUUCAGUAAACUGUAGUUAAGACUGACCACACUUUAUUGGGGGGGGGUGUUUUUGGACUAAUGAUAAAAUGUAAUUAACUGUGCUGCAGAAGGAGGGAUGAGGAAACAGGCAAGCCUGAGGUCUGUGCACAUAACACUAAACGGAAUUCAGUACUGAGUCUAAACUAGAUCAAUAGAUAGUGAUUGGUUGGUGGAAAUGCUGUUAAGUCUGGGGUUAUGGUUGUAGUAGGACCAGUGACAUUAAAGCCAUGCAUGUUCCGUCCCAAGCCACAACACAGAGAGUUCUUUUUGCUGUACUGAAUACCUUCUUCAAACAUAGUGAUACUCUAUUUUCACCAUUUACCUUUUCCACAUUUGGCCCUGCAAACUGCUUUUGACAGUCCUUUCUGUACAGCUUGAAAUAUGUUGUUUAAAAAAGGGGUAUCCUCCCAUCAAAAUUAAGAACUUUCCAAAAUCUACAUGUUGUCGACUGGAUAUAAAGCUUUGCUGGAUAUGAGAAGCUAGUUGCACAAUUUCUCUGAAUUUUGAUCUAAAUCAUUUGGAUUUAAAGUUUGGCUUCUCCCCCCUAAGAAAUGGUUCCGUUUCCCACCCUACCCAAGGGAUUGUAGAAUAACACAGAUUCAUGCCCAAUCAAGCAAGACAUUAGAAGCUUUCAGAUUAUAUUGGCAAUGUACUGUGAAACAGCCAUGCAUUUUAAGAGCAUUUGUUCCAGUUUCUUAUUUUUUAAUACUUCAUAAUAACUAUAGCAAUAUUAUCUUCAUGGGACAAACAGGCACACCCUCUCUUGCUUUGUUUUUUGAAGUAAAGAUGAUUGAGCCUUUUGGCAUCCAUCCCUUCGGCCUGUAGCCUGUGGUGAAUUGACUGGGAAUACAGGAGGCUUUGCAGGCAUAAUCGCAUAUCCUUAGCUGUUGCAGCAGUAGGGCACAAUCCCUCUGCUAUCGGUCACAAACAACAUCUUGCUGGGGCAGAGGUUGGUGCUGUGUAGUAGAAAAUAAGCAGGGAAGUUCUAGCUCUUUGUUGUUUAGUCGUUUAGUCGUGUCCGACUCUUCGUGACUCCAUGGAGCAGAGCACACCAGGCACUCCUGUCUUCCACUGCCUCCCACAGUUUGGUCAAACUCAUGUUAGUAGCUUCGAGAACACUGUCCAACCAUCUCGUCCUCUUUCAUCCCCUUCUCCUUGUGUCCUCAAACUUUCCCAACAUCAGGGUCUUUUCCAGGGAGUCUUCUCUUCUCAUGAGGUGGCCAAAGUAUUGGAGCCUCAGCUUCAGGAUCUGUCCUUACAGUUUACACAUGCCUUUUUCCUCACACUACAGGGAUAAUAUCACUGGCCUACCUUACAGGAUUGUGAGGAUUGCUGAGGUGAUGCAUAUAAAGCUUUUGCAGAGCUUGAAUUGGAGACCACAUGAUCCAUUGAUGAGGCUGAGAUAGACCCAGACACACACACACACACACACACACACACACACACACCGACAUCAGAAUCACAGCAUUCCUCCCUAUUUAUUUACAAUUCACUUUUGGGGAUGCAAAAUGAGGAACCUGUUAGGGACUAAACAACUCAAACCAAGGACAUGAGUGCUUUCUUACCUGUGCACCAAGCAGCAACAACUGAUGACCCAAGAUGCUUCUCAUUCACACGAAUGUGGCGCAUAAAAAAUGGGCCCAUGGCCAGGCAAAUAACUGUUGGGGACACAACAUCAGUGGGAUCAUGUCUGGUCAGAUGUUAUGUCUACCAUAUGGCUGCACUCAUGUGGGAAUGCUGCCAAAGGAGGUGCUUCUCAAACUAUCUGAUGUGAUGCAUCAGCCAUUUCCUCUCACCCUAUGUGCCAGAGACCAAUACCAUAUUUGGUCUCUGAAGCAUCCCACCCAACCUGAACUGUAGUGGAGUUGUUGAUGACCAGCAGCUGAUGGUUUGCAGAUCCCCGCCAGUCUGUGGACCACCACUCCAGGUAGUACUGGUUUGCAGCAUCUGAAUGAGCUUCCUUUUGAACCAAGGACAAAUAAAAGCUGUUGAUGGGCGCUGUCAGAGAUGUGAUGCUGUUCAGUGGCAGAAAUAUUAUUAGCAGUGUCAUUAAGUUGUUUCUUAAUGGCCCGUUUUGGAAGGCAGACAAUUACCGUAAGCCAUAUGGAAAUUAAGCAGGAACUGUUCCAAUGUGAUCAAACUUAGCCAUGCACCACCGUUCUUUUUAAGAGACGAAUUCAUUGGCUUAAUCCUGUUUUCUUUUAUCUAAGCAGUGUCAGCAUAAGUAGUCGCUGAAAGGCAGCAGUAGCUGCUAUGGCAGAUAGUGUUAUACUUUUGAGGUACAGAUGUUUGUCUGAAAGGAGUAAUGCAUGUUCCUGGGGCUUCCCACCAUAUAAAUACACAACAAUAUAGUCGUUAUUUGCAGUGGCUUACAUAUGGUGUAGGGACGUGGGUGGCGCUGUGGGUUAAACCACAGAGCCUAGGGCUUGCCGAUUGGAAGGUCGGCGGUUUGAAUCCCCGCAAUGGGGUGAGCUCCCGUUGCUCAGUCCCUGCUCCUGCCCACCUAGCAGUUUGAAAGCAGGUCAAAGUGCAAGUAGAUAAAUAGGUACCGCUCUGGCAGGAAGGUAAAUGGCGUUUCCAUGCACUGCUCUGGUUCGCCAGAAGCAGCUUGGUCAUGCUGGCCACAUGUACGCCAGCUCCCUUGGCCAAUAAAGUGAAAUGAGCGCUGCAACCCCAGAGUCGGUCACGACUGGACCUGAUGGUCAGGGGUCCCUUUACCUUACAUAUGGUGUACAUGAGAGUUGUCACCAACAUUUAGUCUAAAGUUACUUUCAAAAUAAGUGCAGUGGUUCUUGACUAGGAAAAACAUCAUAAUCAUUCUGCUUAACAUUUGUACAGUGGUACCUCAGAUUACAUACACUUCAGGUUACAUACGCUUCAGGUUACAGACUCUGCUAACCCAGAAAUAGUGCUUCAGGUUAAGAACUUUGCUUCAGGAUGAGAACAGAAAUCGUGCUCCCGUGGUGCGGCAGCAGCGGGAGGCCCCAUUAACUAAAGUGGUGCUUCAGGUUAAGAACAAUUUCAGGUUAAGUACGGACCUCUGGAACGAAUUAAGUACUUAACCUGAGGUACCACUGUAUAGCACUUUGCUGUAUUCAAAGUGUUGUGCAUGCAUUCUUUAGUUGCAAUCCACACAACAAUCAUGUAAACGUUACAAAGUAAAUAUAAGUCAGUGCUUUAAACGGAGGGACUUCAGCUGAGGUAUAGAGUGUCUUGCCUAGCAACUCUAGUGAAAACACCCUUUCAUGUGUCGGUGACAGAUGCUUGUAGGAGCAUCCUUCACAGGCACCGAAAAGUGGCGCUACUAAUUUCAGUGGCAGAGUGGACAUUUGGAAGUAUCUGCCAUGCGGCUUAGGUGUGAGCCAGUCCUGAAAGGCAAAGAAAGAAAUGGCCGGGCAGAAACAGAACAGGGAGGAACAAGUUCAGCUAGGGAGCAGCAUGGCAGAAAGCACUCUUCAUUAGGCAGUUCGCUGGCAUGCAUUCCAUACAUUAAGGCAGCAUUGUCUUAUUAAGGGCUACCGCUGUUUCAGGAGUUCCUUCACAGAGGACAUUUGUAUGAAAGUCAUUGGCUAACCUUAGCCAAGAGAACAAUAACAGAAAAGAGAACAAUAACAGAAAGUGGGGCAAGCCUAUUAGAGACUGAUUAAAAAGCGGAAUUCAUUGCAAGCAGGAGCAUGUUUUGAACUUUUGCAGUGGCAGAAUGAGGUUGGUUCUGGAGAUAAGUGACAGGCAAUUUCCUCAGAGUGGCCUGGUUUUUAUGGUUAUUGUGCGACUCUCAUUAAGGAUUCAAUUCAUCUUGAAUGCUCCUCGUGUUGAGGCAGUCAGGCAUUUCUCAGAGUGCGAAAACCGUGUGCGCAUGCAUGAGCAAGAGAGAUUUUUUUGCCAUAGAGGAUUGCUCCCACGUAACAAUAAGCUGUGAAAAUGACUGUGUGUGUACGCAUUUGAAUAAUAUUUGUUUAAAUUCCGGGUCUUCUGAGCCUUGUCGCCAUCUCUUUGCAGACUCAGCCUCUGAACUGGUGAGUUGCAAGUUGUGUAGCUAUGACCGUUCACUUUCCCGUCUCAGAAUCUUGUGGAGUUCUUCCAGUCGUCUCUUCCAGCUGCAAUUCCCAGAGUGGUCCCUUUUCCCAGGGAGCUCUGAGGGUGUUUGAUUGUCACAAUCAAGCGGUGUAUGAAUUUUAUGAAAUAAAAUAAAUAGUUAAACUAUGGAGAUCACUCCCAUGGGAGGCAGGGAUGCCUAUCAACUUAAAUGGCUUUGAAAGAGGAUAUACAAAUUCAUUGAAGAUAAGGCUAUCCAUGAAGAUGACUAUGCUUUGCCUCACAAUUGGAGGCAGCAUGCUACCAAUUACUGGAAACCACAGGCGCAGAGAGUGCUCUUGCGCUUGGCUUCUGCUUGGGAGCUUCCCAUGGGCAGCUGGUUGGUUGCAGUGUGAACAGGAUGCUGGACUAAGUGGGCCUGAUCCAGCAGGCUCUUCUUAUGUCCUUGCACUAAAUUUAAAAAAGAGAAUAUGUUGUGUGUGUGUACGCCUGUGUAUUCAUGUGUAUUUUUCAUAAUAACCAGAUGUGUAGGUUUUUGGGAUACUGCUGGGAAGACGGGGGCAUCAGGCAGGCAUCAGGCCCCCAGCUGGCUCCAGCCACCUGCCAGCAGCCGGUCUCUCUCGGAACAGCAUCAAACAGCGACACGAGCCUCAGAUACAUUUGGAGACCCGUGCACGCUCUGUCAGCAGAGUGUGUAAAUCACCUCACAGCAGAAGAGGCGGACAGAGAGAUGCGCAAGCAUAUUUGUACAGCACUUUAUUCAGCAUAGUUCAGGAACAAAGGAAAACAUGUCUGCAUCCCUUCGUCUCCAGCAAAACAGCAGUAAGCAAAAGCAACAUACAAUGGAAGUUCCCAGCAGACUGUGCUGGAUGUAAACAGGCAUGUGAUACACAACAGUCAUGCCUGACCCUUUUAAGGUGGAAUGGAACUAUAUCCUAACAUAGGUGUGCUUGGGAAUAAUGCAUGUGACUGGGGGAAGAGGGACUGUCCCUUUGUCCCUCCUGAAAUGGUGCCCCUGCAUUGUCUGACUUCUUGCUUUUCUUGGAAUCAUAGAGUUGCUUUUCUUGCCAUAGAAUCAUAGAGUUGGAGGGCCAUCUAGUCCAAGCCCCUGCAAUGCAAGAAUCUUUCACCCAACGCAGGGCUGAAACCUACAACCCUGGGAUUAAGAGUCUCAUGCUCUGUCGACUGAGCUAGGGAGCUUGAAAAUGAGCAUAUGACCAGAGGGCAGGUGGGGAGCCUAUGUGGGAGAGACCUUUGUUACCAGGCCUAAACCUAUGACCGUCCGAAGCAUCCCAACUCUCACUAAGAGGCAGGUGGAUCAACAAGGAAGGCCUGUUUCAGUGAGCUUAUGGGAAAGCCUUUUGCAAAGGCGGUGGGAACACUGAAUCUGGAAGGCAGAUGCAACGGCGCUCGCAAAGUGACGGCUGCUAUGACAGACACUGUUUGUCAUGGUGUCGAGCCCAGCAGCCUCCUAUGUGUGUGGCUUUUUCUUUCCCCAAACGUAAGCUGACAUAGACAAGCUUUCGUGCCUCACACUGCCCUCUUUCAUUAGCCAAAGACAAAGAGCUGAUUAUAGGCUCCGUUCUUUGUUGUGAUCAGUCACCUGCCUCUCUGUUUCCUAUGCAGUGGAACUGCAGCCACAAACAGGCCUGUGUUGCUAGAAUGGGGCUCUUCAUCAAAAAGUAGACUUUUCACGUGAAUUAAUAACUUAAUCCAUUAUGAUUAGAUGUCCCCUUCCCCUUCCCUCUCCUAUUUAGUUCUGGGAAAACAUGACAUGCCAAAAAUCUUUUCAUAGUGUUGCUCACUGUCCAGUCUAAUUUAUUGUUUAAUAAAAUGAAUUCAUGUUAACUGCUGGGCCUUGUUACUGUUAACUUAAUAUGAUGAAAGCUAACAGUCCGCUCAGAAAACUGAACAUGGUAAGAUAGAGUCAUCUUUUCUUUUUUCUGUCCUAUGUUGUUUCUGGUCAAACAGUUUUUGUGAAUUUCGCCUCAUUAAAAAAAAAAAAGGAACCCCCAAACACUAUUGUCUGUCUCCAUUUGCCUCAAGUAGAUCUGAACAGUUUUCACAACAUGAUGUUUCUCUCUCUCUUCUUUGUUUAGGUGUAAAGGAGCAUCUCAUUACGGCCUUACCAAGGAACGAAAACGGCGUUCGCAGGAUGGAUCUCCCGAUUCUAAUGCCCCUUUAACUGUAGCUGCCCUUGGCCCUGAGCUCUCUGCUUCUGCCACCAUCGCCUUAAUGACAGAUGAGCCAGGCCUAAUCAAUCCAGCCUUUAGCACCACCUCAGAAGACAGCCAGUCAGGAGCCACCUCUGCAGAUCUCCACAGAAGCAACCAAACUAGAAGUAAGAACCGGAGAGAAUCUCCUCAGAUUUUGCCCACUUCUCCCUGAAUGACCCCUCUUCUGUCAUAUAUACUCGUCAGAAGACAUUUCAUACUUUUUGGGGAACAGAAAAACCUGAUAUUAAACUGUGGGGGGUCUUGAGAUCCUAGCAGAGCAAUUCAGAUCCCAGGGUUGGGUUUUGGGGGCGUUGGGUCUGUGCUGGCACCAAAUUGGGGGGACAGAGUGCCUUAGGAUCCAGUGAAUUCAUGCAAGCUCUGUUUCAUCUGUGCCCUGCCUCCGUGAAUAUCCCAUCUUGGUGUUCUGUGCUGGCUAUUGCUGGUGGCAGCAUGCCAUGUACCACACUUACCAUGAAAGUCAUGGGAACCUCUAUAGUGAUUGACGCAACCCCCAGGCUGGUGUGUGCAAGUGCAUCCUAACACCCUCCAGCAGCACAGAUCAGGGCUUAAGGUUGCUCUAUAAAUCAGCUAAUGGUCACACAAUGUACAAAGUAACACAAAUUUUUGGUGGGAAGAGUGCUACCAAUGUUCUAGACAGCAAAAGCAGGAAGGUGUUAUGAAACAUUCGAAAUCAAAUUCUGAUAUGAUCUCAUUGAUGACGAAAUACUUGAGAUUUCACUAUGGCGUGGGGCAGUUUAGCAGCACAAACAUACCCAACCUUACAUUUCUCCAUUCAUUUUGCAUAUAUAGAGAUGUCACAAAAGCAGCCAAAGGCUUUGUAAUACUGCGUUGGGGUGGUAGAAUGAGAAUAAUGAGAUGCACAAGCUGCACAAGAAGUGCAGGAACAUCUCAAGUCAUGUGCCUUACCUGAACUGUCAAAUACCGUAAAGAUGUGAGUCACUUUGUAUGUCUUUCACCUCCGCAUAUACUUCUGCGUGACAUCUGGCAAUGCAGUUCCAGGUUUUGUUAUUGAUUCUAGCUCCGUGUUAUCUGAGCAUCACAUAUCACUACGUAACAAUAUCCAGUUUUCCGCAUGCUUAUCUGAUCAUGGGCCCACAUAAUCUCUCCUUUUUAUGAGUUAUUAGUGAUACCAUAUGAAAUCUGUGAACAAAAUUGGAAACAUAGAGAAUUGCUGUCAAAAAAGGUGCCAAACGUUUUUGAACCAGAAAAUGCACCGAUUCAGGAAAAUAGUCUACCCCUUCAGCAACCUACAAAAAAAAUUGAAAAUCAGUUCAGCUUUUUCCUCGCAGUAGUACUGGCUUAUAUAUAUUGCUAAUUUUUAUCUUUAAACUUGGAAUUUGUUUAUUUAUUAUCAACCCUAAAGAAAAGGAGGAAUGUGUUACGGAUUCAUUAGGCCACAUUUAUAAUAGUGGGUAUUGUUUGAAGAAUAACAAUUUAGCCUUUGAAGACCCAUUGUUACGACUUAGUACUGCUUUUGGAAAAUAAAGAGGAUAACAGACUAUUCCAGCAAAUUCAGGGAAGGAGUAACAGCUUCUUGCAAUGAACUCUCAAUCCUCGCCCCCCGCCCCCCGCUUUUCUUUUCUUUUUGCAAUAAUGUGACUUUGGCAUGGCAUUAAUAUUAUUACAAAUGCUUCAGUUAUAUGAACUAUACUGGUCAGAGUGAAAUUCUGCAGUGCCAGUGCAAAAUUAUUGCUUUUGGGGACUAUUGUGGAAUUGCUAAUCAAUAUUAAGCCCUGCAAGUCCAUUUUGGGGGACGACAGGUACGAAAUAAGAGGGUGGGAGGAUAUAUGUAACUGUGAGCAAGGGCAAAAGUGUCUCUCUCUGUGUGUGUGUAUUCCUUUAAUAGUUCUCAGAACAUUCCUUUAAUAGUUCUCAGAACAAGUAUUUAGGUCUUUAUCCCAAACCUACAUAAUUUUAUUCCUUUUAAAAAUAAACCUCUCUCUCCCUUUGCUGCAGCUCGACAUUUUGAACGUUCUUCUAUAAGGAGCAGGUCUUUUAAAAAAAUAAACAGAGCUUUUAGUGUUCUUCGGAGGACAAAAAGUGGGAGUGCCGUUGCUAACCACGCCGAGAGAGAGAGGGAGAGUGUUGACCAUUUGGUUGCCCUGGAGGAAGGUAAUGAUUUUUAUUCUUAAAAUGUUGUCUUUUUAAAUAGUUGAUUGUUUAAUUUUAACAUGUGAAAACAGAAAAUACUUUGUGGGAAAUUGUAUAGGAAUCUUGUGAAUGCUAAAUUCUUGAGCCAGAAGUUAAAGAUGUUAUUCUGUGCAACAAGCUCCAUAGAAACUUAUAAUAAAAAUAAAAAAAUACUGAACCCAUCUGGCUGGGUUGCUGUAACGUACCUUUCCUUACAGCUUUCACAAGACAGUUUGUUAUUGAUGGUGUCUUUGGUGUGGGUGAACUUAGAUUUCUGCUUAGUGUUUGUUUCUUUCUCCUUGGGUAAAAUGAACUAAAAAAAAAAUUAUUCACCAUUAGAGGUGAGAAUCGGUUUUCUUCCAUGGAUAGUGUACUACAUACAAGGGCCAGCACGCCUAUGAGGCAGACUGAAGCAGUUGCCUCGGGCGGCAACAUCCCAAUGUCGCAGUGCCCCCACAUCAUUGGAGAAAAGGUUGCAGUGAUAGCUUCAGAGUUCCAGAGAGAUCAUACUAGAACUUGGAAGCCACCACUGCAGCUUCCAUGGCGGGGGUGCCACUAGCAGAACCUGGAAACUGCUACCACACAAUCCCAGUAAGCGUGACUUUGACUGGGGUGAGGGCACCUUACCAUUUCACCUCAGGCAGCAAAAUGAGAUGGGCCGCCCCUGCAUACAUAUGCCCCUGUACACAUAUAGUCAAUUCAGUUCAUCUAUAUCCUCCUCUUACUCCCUGAUCCUAAAGCUAUUACUGUACCUUUAAUGCCAACAACAUAGGAAGGUAUUGAGGGAUAUACAGUAUAUAUACAGAGGAAUGGUAUGUUUCGUAUACAGCAGAGCUCAAAUGAUUUAUACACUUAGCACAUCUGGUAGGAAGAAUAAAUGACUAAUCAGAAUUGGGCCUCAUUUCAUCUUCGAUGUGGGACUGUGGAGACUGUGGUUUUGCAAGGAGAAUUCUGGGAGGAUUGUGGGUUUGAAGGAAACAACAUUUAAGCAAGGCCCCAAUUGCCUGUUGGCUGUCAGCUGUCACCAUCUAGCUUCUAGAAUCCUCCUGAUCCAUCAAAAUUCGUGUUCAUUUAAUCCUGUCAAGGUUCAAGAGCUGGUUGUUUCUAAAAUUAUAUUUCCUAUUUCAUGCUCUCGCUGAGGUCAGCUGCAGUUCAGAUGGUUUAACUGCCAGUAUUAUUUUAACUUUCCUUUCGGUAGCUGUCAGCUUAGCUUCAGUUUAUGUCUAGACAUAUGUCCCCUGACAAUCAACAUUUAGUCAAAGUGUGAUUUUAAAAGAUCUAGGUUUGUCUCUUUUAUCAAGGCCUACACAGAGAGAUAGGGAAGGUAGAACCCCACAGGGAGCAAGAAGCUGUCUUCCUUAAGCCACCUUCCCUAAGCAACAUUAACAGCUGUCCAUGCAAGAGCAGCCUUGAGACACCAGUAAGAUGUCAGAAGUAGAAGGCUCUUCAUUUUAGUAACCUGCGUUGUAUAUGUUUGUGAGGCCCUGAGCCCUGUCCUGUGCCUUCUUGAUCUUCUGCCUGUUUUCCGUUUCCUUUUUGCCAUUACACUGCAAUUCAGAGACUGUUUCUCUGCUAAAGUAAGGUGGGAUGGGAAAUUAAUGGGAAAUAAAUUUCUGAGGUGUUUCUGCUGACAGGAAUUAGUCAUAGAAUCAUAGAGUUGAAGGGACCCCAAGGGCCGUCUAGUGCAACCCCCUGUAAUACAGGAAUCUCGGCUAAAGCAUCCAUGGCAGAUUGCCAACCAACCUCUGCUUAAAAUCCUCCAAGGAAGGAGGGUCCACCACUGUUCCACUGUCGAACAGCUUUUACCAUCAGAAAGUUCUUCCUGAUGUUUAGUCAGAAUCUCCUUUCUUGUAACUUGAAGCUAUUGGUUCGAGUCUUGCCCUCCAGAACAGGAGAAAACAAGCUUGUAGUCCUAUCCUGUGAAUGCUCACAAACACAUCAAUGCCCACCCAUGCCAACAAUGUAACACACACACACUCUUCCCAGUCACACCUGCAGUUUGGUGGUGGCUGCAGUGGGUGACCGUGUCAGUUUCAGCAGCAGUUUCUGUGGCAGCACUGCAUAAACUGCUACUACUGUGACCGAAGCAGUUUCGUUGGUGCCUUCUGCGGUGGUGCUGAGCAAGCCCCCGCCAUUGGGAGGUGGUCAGAGUUUUCCAGAACAAGAGACAGCACCCCAGUCUGCUCAGAUGUUUUGCCAGCACUUUGUCAGAUCGGAUAAGAGCAUACAGAGCAUUUCCCCUGUUUGUGGAGCACCCUGACCACUUAUCAAUGGCAGUAGCUGUAUGCUGUUUCAGAAGUCAGCGAAGCCACGGUCAAACCAGCUACGGUAAAAAGUGGUAUUAUUUAUGAGGGGUUGGUGGGCUGGGUCAGACCAGAUCCCCAUUCAUGUAAAUCAAGGUUUCUCAGACUUUUGGACUACAACUCCCAUCUUCCCUAGCUAGCAGGACCAGUGGUCAGGUAUGAUGGGAAUUGUAGUCCAAAACCAGCUGGAGACUCAAGUUUGGGAAACUCUGUUGUAAAUCAUUCGUGAUCAUCAUUCCUGAUGUCCACUGGUCCCCUGAAACAAUAUGUGGCAGGUGUCAAACUAUUGCCACUCUUGUCUUUAUACAUGUUUCCUGUUGUGGCAGAAAUUAGACUUCACUCCUUUAUUUUUAACCAGUGCUAUUCAAAUGAACAUUUUCUAGUACAAUCAAGAUACUGAUUCAGAAGUCUAGUAUCAAUUUUAUAACGUCCCUGUAGAUUGAAUAGGCUGAACUAAGAGCUCAUCCACACUUCUGCGUAGAAAACAUGAGUCUGGGUGGUUUUCCACUUCCCACGAGUCAAAGAAGUUUUGCCCUUGCUCCAUUCCUUUCACGGGGAAAACCUGCUCUUUAAGCUCUAAAUAGGAAAAACAUCAGUCUGGACAAAAACAAAAUUGCCGUUUGGACCAACUGAGCAACAUUAAUGCUGAACAUUUAUUUGCAAAGGACUGGCUUGAAAUUUGUUCCAGAAGAAGAUGAGCACAUAGCCUAACAGUCUUUACUGAAUUCAGAGAGCAUACAAACCACAUAUAUUUCAUCACAAAGAUAACUUCUAAAAACAAACAACUAUUUGCCUGGAAAUUCAGGUCCAUGUGUAUGGGAUAUAUGGAGAUGACUGAUACAAACAAAAGAAGGCAUAUGAGACAUGAGAACAGAAAACCGUAACAGACCAGAUAGUUUAUGCUGGAGACUGGUCAAAAUCUGGACCAGACAGGCUUGUGGAUGCAGUUUUGAUCCUGGGAUAGAGUUUGCAACCCAAAUAUGGCAAAACCCUGUUAGUUAGCAAUCUCAGUGGAGCUGACAGAUGACUUGGUGAUAAGCAGAGCAUAAAUAGCUAGAUAACAGAAGAAAUCUGGUGGGAUUGCGACUGUUUAAGAUAAGUCAUUGAUUUAGCUUGCCUGUACAAAGCAGAAAGAGGAGCAGAGAAAAGGGAAAUGUGAUUAGUUCGACUAAGUAGGAUCUUAAAUUAAAGGAGGUAUUUUUAACUUGGAAGCAAUCGCAUCUAAGUAAUUCUACCCAAACUAUUUUUGAAAAGAUAAAUGUAUCAUGUGACUAGUAAUUGUUUUUUUUUAAGUAGUAGAUAUUAAAAAGGCAAAAUUGUUCAAAGAAUCCACUUUAGUAAAGAAUAUGUGCAAAGUGUUUUCGCUGCCUCCGUAAAAUAAAUCGUAGGAAAUACAACAUCAAUACAUCUUGUUGAGACAAAUGUGUCAGUAACAAUUAUGUCAAUGCAGGUUCGACUUUAGAUAUAACUUUUAGACCUGGCUUUUGGGUUGGUAGUUCCAUUCCUUCCUGCCCGCUGUUUCACAGUCUCCUGAAUUUGGAAUAUAGUUAACAGAAACCAAGAAGGGUGUCUUAGCCAUGCUUUUAAACAAUAAAUUAAUUGCAGCACACAAGUUUUCUUUCUGUAGAGGUGUUCCCUGAAGUAAGGACUUGACAUCUUAUUCUUCAGGAAAGCAGUACACCAGAUAUUUCUGCAUGGAGAUGAUGUUUUAUUAUUAUUGACAGAUCCAGUGCACCCCGCCCCACAAACGCACGCAGCAAAAUCACGAAGCAGAAUCGGCAAAAGCAAGACAGAAAGUAUACUUCUCUCUAGGUUUGGCAGUUCAUCGCUAUGUAAGAGAUGGAAGUUUGAGGGGACAAAGCAAGGUAUGCGAUGGUUAAGAUUUUCCUUUACUGGAAGUCUUUUCAAAACGGGAUGAAAAGUAGCUAACAAGAAGAAUUAGAACACCAGAGAAAGGAAAGCAAGGCUCUUGGGAAUGGCAUUUAGAAUGAAGCCCAUUUCUGUCAGUAGGUAAGAAAUGGAGACACUUGAUCUAGUUAGCAAAUAUCAGCAUAUGUUUGCAUCCAAAUGCCACUAUUACUAUACUGGAGUUAAUUAUUGCUGGUAGUUUUGAGUUUAACUGGUUAUGGAAAUGCCUUCCUUUGAAUGUUAGAGCUGAUUUGCACUUGUAGGUCAUCAGAAUGUGGUGGUAUCCUUGGGCAACUGCCAGGCCUCUGUGUUCCAGCAGGGCCCAUUGCCAAUGCCUUCCCUGAGACCUCUGAUGAGCAGUGGGUGGGGUGAGACACCCUGUUAAUUUCCCUCCAUUUUAAUUUCCCCAGUGUAGUAGUGCUUCAGGGCACUUUGGGAAAUUAAAAUACUGGCUUGACACCCGGUGCUGAUUGGACAGCUGCUUCUGACUGCCAAAUAAGGCCAUGGGCAGGCUUUGCUGACAUACGAGGGACCGCAUCUCCUCAAGCUACCUCAAACUUAGAACCAGCCUCCCAUACAUGACAAUACUUACAAAGUUAAGGUGUGAGUGUGACAGACUUGUGUUGAUAAACAUGUACAGUAGAGGUACACUCACUGGGAAUAAUAAUAAUAAUACUAAUUUAUUUAUUUAUUUAUACCCCGCCCAUCUGGCUGGGUUUCCCCAGCCACUCUGGGUGGCUCCCAAUCAAAUAUUAAAAACACAAUACAGCAUUAAACAUUAAAAGCUUCCCUAAACAGGGCUGCCUUCAGAUGUCUUUUAAAAGUAGGAUAGUUGUUUAUUUCUUUGACAUCUGAUGGGAGGGUGUUCCACAGGGCGGGCACCACUACCAAGAAGGCCCUCUGCCUGGUUCCCUGUAAACUCACCUCACAGUGAGGGAACUGCCAGAAGGCCCUCAGAGCUGGACCUCAGUGUCCAGGCUGAAUGAUGGGGGUGGAGACACUUCUUCAGGUAUACAGGACUGAGGCCGUUUAGGGAUUUAAAGGUCAGCACCAACACUAGGAAGCUGGGAUUGCAUGCGACUCUCUGUUGAGCGUCCACUCUGGAAAACCCCAGAUGAAACAACUAGCGGUGGCAGAUAAGGGAAAUACGAAAUCUGAGUGUUUAUUAUGACAUAAUAACUGGAGCUGUACUUGCUUUUGUUAAUACACAUGACACUGCUGUUGGCAAUGUGAAAUAACCUAUACAUUCGAAGUGCAUUCUUUCCUUCAAAGAAUUCUGGGCAUUCUAGUUUGUGAAGGAUUAUUGAAAAUUAUAAAUCUCCGAGGCGUAAACUACAAAGACCAGAAUUCUUUCAGAGGGAAAAUGAGGAUCUAAUGUGCUUCAAAGAACUAGGUUUUGUCACUCAAUUUUGCAAUUGAAACUUGGGUAGAAUACUGACGGCGUAAGAACCAUUGCCUGAUUUUCAGCACUUUGAUAGGGGAAAGGAUUGGGUGCGGGUGAAUCUUCAGUAAGUGAUUUUGUUUGAGCUAGCUGCUAGACAGUUUUCUGUGAAAUUCAAGGUUUUAUAUUGCAUUUUGGUGGUAGUACUGGAUUCUGUCAUUGAGGCCUUCUCUAGCCUUGGAACAAUAAAGGAUUUAAUAUGGCAACAUUAAAAGUGAGAUAUUUUCUUUGAACUGGCUUCGGAUAGAUGCACAAGGCCAGUUUUAUUAUACAGCAAGACCUGAAGCACUUGGAAUGACCCAAUUCAAGAAGUGUCCCACCAUACUAGAUGCAGUUUGCAAGUCUGAGAUAUUGCACUUCCUGUGAUGUGACUAGUUUCCACAAAUACUCAGAAUGCAUCUCAGUAUUCACUGCAGUAUCUCAGGGGAUAAUGGGGAUACAGGCAGCUUGCAUGAGGGAUGCUUCUCCUCGAGUGGCAAAAAUCCCCUUGAACUGGUCCUGCUAAUACUUCAGACUCAUAUACAUCUGUUGUCCAGCUGUUUCUCCUAACUUUCAGUAUUCCUUGUACUCUCUACCUCUUCUCAUUAGCUGUGCCUCGCUGUGUUAGGGAUUGCUGGAAAUUUUUAACUCUGUGAAGGGUAAAGUAACAGUGCCCAUAAUUUCUUGAGAGACAGAGAAUGUGCUUUGAAUGUGCUUUAAGGGUAUUGUAUGCACGCAGCCAGAGAAGAGCUUUUACCAGAAUGUGAUCACAGAACUGGGUUCUCUAAAGCAUACUGCUGAAAUUUUCUUGUAUAUUUGUGUCCCCUGCAUAGCAUCGUUGUGCUGUAUACUAUGGAAUCAUUAGGCUGACAGAGGAAGUUGCUUUAUGUAAGGAGAGAUGUCCGAGACAACAACUGAUUUUAAAAAGAUGAAGAUUAGCAUGCAUUAUUUUGGCUUAGGGGGGAAAAAUCCUUCUUGCACCAUGAACCAAAUGGAUGUAAUCUCUUACCCCUUUUAACAUACAGCAGAUCUGUUAAUGCCUAGUUGGGUCAACUGUGCAAAGCUCCAUGUUCUAUGGCUAGAUUUGUUUAAAACAAAAGAAAAAAAAAGCAAAAACCAGAGAUCUGUAUUCUGAAUAAAGGCCUUUUCUCUGUGUGUUUUCAGUCUUCCCAAGGCUAUACCACCUCAUCCCAGAUGGUGAAAUUACCUGCAUUAAGAUCAGCCGCAGUGAUCCCAACGAAAGCCUUGCCAUUAGGAUUGUGGGAGGCAGCGAAACGCCAUUGGUUCACAUCAUCAUACAGCACAUCUACCGAGAUGGAAUCAUUGCCAGGGAUGGAAGGUUGCUGCCAGGGGACAUGAUACUAAAGGUACACUCUUAAUGGAGGUGGAUGCUAAUGUGAGGAGACUUUUAAUAGCGUACGUAGAGACACUGCUUUUAUGUAAAGGCAUAGCUGUCAAGUGUCCCUUAUUUGGCGGGACAGUCCCUUAUCCCAGCGCCAUGUCCCGCUGCUGUCCCUUAUUGAUGAGGCUUCAUUUGGCCGCUGGCUGGGCUUUCUGCCUUUGACUCAGAGGGGCUCAGAAGUUGAACAUACCUGUGCCUGGAAAAUCCCUUAUUUUGGCUGCUGAUCCCUUAUUUCCGAGGCUGCUGGUCCCUUAUUUUCAAAUCUGUAAGUUGACAGCUAUGUGUAAAGGUUCCUAAUUCAGCUUGAGGACAUGGCAAACAACAUUCCUUGCCUGCACAGAAGAGGAAGGGGUGACAGGAAGAAGACAUAAGGAAGAGCAGCAUCUUUCUGUUUACUGGUGUGGAUUCAUUUUGAAGUCAAACCAAUGAGUUUCAACAGCAAUCCUUCACCUAGUUAAUGCAAAGUUAUUUGUAUUUAGUAUGCUUUGUGUUGGAUCGUUGUGGACUCAGUAGGCCUAAAUCCAGCUCUUCAUCAGUCUCUCGUAUUUCAGACUUGACUUGUGGUAUGCUUGCCAAAAUGGCUGUAUUAACAGAAACGCCACCCCCCUUUACAUGUGGUCACCUUAACUGAAGCAGUGCUGAGGAAAUAACUCCCUGGUGCUGCUGCAAAUACUUUUUCUCCAGAUGGGGCAAUGCUUAACUACUCUUAGGAGCCCUCACAGUGUACUGAGCUAAAUAGAAGAUCAGCGGUGCUUUUCACCAUGGAGAAAGCUCCCAAUUUGGUAGGUUCCCUUCUCUGUGGCUUAUUUUGCCGAAGGAUGCAUCCAGCCCUACUUCCGACUUUAUAGCAGAAAUUUGCUGUUCCGUAUUCAGUUCUCAUUCUCUGAGAGAAGGCUAAGUCAAGUUGCUGGAGAAAGAAUGUAUUUUCCACAGGGACUCGAGUCAGUGGGUCAACUACAUAAAACUGCAUCUCUAAACCGUUGCUUGAUUAAUUUCCCUUAUAGCAAAUUUAAGUGCUAGAAGUAUUAGCAGAGAUAGGAUUAAAUCUCCUGUGAAAACAAACAAUGAGAACCCCAAUGAAACAGUGGUAUAAAAUGGCUGACAGCCAUUUCAAACAUAUGCGAUUUCCUAAGUAUUUAAAACGUGGGUUUUCUGCCUACGCCUUCCUUCAGUCCCACUAUCUAUACUGUUUAGUGAAGAUGUGGACCGUGAUCAGUAUCCAUAUUCUUUUAUCGUUCAGAAAUCGAGGGUGGCGUGUUUCAAUUAUAGUCCACGUAUCAUUGAGGCAACAGAUAAAUACUAGAGUGGGAGAGAAGGCAGGGUUAGUGGGGAAUGGCAGCACUGGAAAAGGAGAAGCUGCUGGACUCAAAAUUGAGAUAGGCGAGAGGAUAUUGGAGCCUGAGGAGGAGCAGUAAUAAAAUUGAAAAAUAGCCAUUAUGUCUGGAGAUAAUCAGCAGGAGAGGAAGAAAAGAGUACAGUGUGUGCUGUCCUUGUGGGGAAAGGAUAUUAUAUAAUGAAAACUUGGCUUCUUUGGAGGGAGGCAAAUGCCACAUGUCGCUAUAACAGGAAGACAUCUGUACAAGUAGGUCUUUCUGUCUGGCAGUGCCAGUUCCAAUUAGAGGGCCUUUUUUUUUUUAACCUUACUGGUUUGUGGUUCUGUCUUCCAGGUAAAUGGCAUAGACAUCAGAAAUGUGCCGCACAGCUACGCCUUGUCGGUCCUGAGGCAACCUUGCCAAGUCCUCCGGCUCACCGUACUCAGAGAGCAGAGGUACCGAUGCCGAAACAGUGGACUUUCUCUGGACAUUCCCUGCAACAGGGACGACAGUUUUCAUGUGGUUCUGAACAAAAGCAGCCCGGAUGAGCAGCUGGGCAUCAAGUUGGUCCGCAAGGCUGAUGAAACUGGGGUGUUUGUUUUCAACUUGCUGGAAGGAGGCGUUGCUGCCCGCGACGGGCAGCUUCAGGAGAAUGACAGGGUUUUGGCAAUUAACGGGCACGAUCUUCGAUACGGAAGUCCAGAAAGUGCAGCCCAGCUGAUACAGGUUUGACUCAACAACUUCCUCGCCAUUUCUGAGCGUAUCUGAUAAGCGAUGAUACUUCAAGACAUGAGCUGUACACUUAGCAAGAGAAAGCUGUCCCACUUCCACUCUUGCCAAGUUAACUAUGCUCCCUAAGUGCAAUCCAUUUGCUAAUAUUGGCGGGAAAGUGGAGAUGAUAUACUAAAUGUCAUCAAAGGGACCUCUAAUUCCUGCGGAGUAUUGUGACAAUAUUUCAUUAAAAUGAAUACAUUACUAAUCUCAUUCAGUGAGACGUAUUCCUAAAGCAUUACAAAUCAUUCUUGAAUUAGCAACGUGGAAUUUUAUUUUUACAAAAGUGCUUCCAGCCUGCUCUUUAUUGUGUAGGUGGGUGGCGUCAUCUGAGAUUCUGGCCUGUUUCCCAUACUGAAGUACAUAGAUGUAUGAUGAUAGCAGGUUUGAAGUUUUAGCUAGGUCCACCCGUUGGUGGAAGCAAGUCACAAAAUGUGGAGAUGGAUCACCAGCUUAGAUGGCUUUUAAAAAGGGCUAGAGAAAGCCAUGGAAGACAUGGCUAUCAGUGGCUACUAAUCAUAAGAGCUGUGUAGUAUGCCUCCAAGAACUGAGCUAGUAUGUCUUUGAUUGCCAGUUGUGGGAAAUAAUAUUGGGGGAGAGGGCAGUUGCCUUCAUGUCCUAAGGGCUUCUCAUGGGUAUUUAGUUAGCCACUGUGAGAAUCAGGAUACUCUUGUUAUGUUCUGAAGCCAAACAGAGGAGUUUGGCUUUAUGGUGGUAAAAAUGACCCAGUCUCCAUGGUACCUUGGUUCCUGAAUGGUUUUGUUGAUGAACAAAUCGGCUCCCGAAUGCCACAAACCCAGAAGUAAGUGUUCUGGUUUGUGAACGUUUUUCGGAAGCUGAACAUCCGUUUCGGCUGUUGGCAUUGUUUCCGGGGCCAAUCAGCCAAUUAGAAGCCGUGCCUUGGUUUUUUAACCUUUGGGAAGCUGAACAGACUUCCAGAAUGGGUUGAGUUCGAGAACCAAGGUAUCGUGUGUGUGUGUGUGUGCGCGCGUGCAUGUGCAUCAAAGGGAAUACCCUUCUAGAGGCUAGUAUUUCAAAUUAUACUUAGAUGUAUGAAAAUAUCAAGAGUGCUUUAUAAGCAGAAAGAGCCCAUGUGUGUGCAUGUGCGCCCACUGAACUUGAAAGAAUCCACGGAAAUGUUUAAUAAUGCAGUUGAAGCCCUUACAUUUUCUUACUUAGAAGGGGGGGGGAGAAGCAAACUGAUGGAGAAAUGUGGAAAAACUGUACUUAUUGUCAGAAAGUUCUUCCUAAUAUUUAUCAGAAUCUCCUUUCCUUUAAUUUGAAUCCAUCAGUUUGGGUCCCACCCUCUGGUGGGACAAGCUUGCUCCAUCAUCCAUGUGAUACCCAUCUUCAAAUAUAUGAAGAGCUGUCAUGUCACCUCUCAGUUUUUCAAGUUCAGCCCCAAUAAUUCUCACUCAGUCCCAUGAUAUAGAAAGAACCAUGAGAUUUCAGAGAAAUGCUUUAUUUGAACUUCUGUCACUCCAACCGCACUUCGACCACCACGCACAAGCAGUUCAUCACAUUUGCAACUACUUGUAAAUAAGCAGUUCAUGAGGUAAACCAUAGAUUUAUCUCCAUCUGACUUUAUAAUACAUUUCAUAUUAUUUCAUACAGAAUAGAUCUGUGUAUUAAUUAGUUAUUACACCACCAGCUGGUUUAGUUUCAUAUCAUGCCUAUGGCUUUAAUCUAAAUCUUUUUCAGACAUCUGUUUUUAGUUACAAGACAAUACUGUGACUAUGUGGAUUUAAAGUUCAGAUGCCGAUAUUCCUGUAUGAUGGCAUGCCAUAAAAGCCCAGGAUAGAAUUGUGGGUGGGUUUGUAUUAAUAAUACAAAUGAAUGGAUGCAGAUAGCUAGAUCCAAACGCGGGGCAGAAUGUUACAUUUAACUACUGCCUUUUGUGUUGUAUUGACCAGGAGUUGCAUUUUGCUUUUCCAUAUUUCCAACAGGGGAGCACCAGUCUUUUCUUCUUCUUCACCCCCCCCCCAUUAAUUUUUAUUUUUGCUAUCUUGUCCCACCUUUUUUGGCAGCAAAAGUCUGACAAAAAAGGAGAUGUAAGUUAAUAAUAAUAAUAGAUUUUAUUUAUACCCUGCCCUCCCCAGCCAAGGCCGGGCUCAGGGCGGCUAACAAGCAAUAAUAAAAACAAGAUGAAUGAAUACAACUUAAAAACAAGAUUAAAAUACAUUAAAACAUUAAAACAUUAAAAUGCAGCCUCAUCACAGGAGGAGAAAGGAAAAAGAAAGGGGGGAGGGAAUCAAAAACAAAAUAAAAACCACCCUCUGUCCAAUUAGUAAAAAAACAACAACCCACAAUGCAAAAAAGACUUUAAAUAAUUAAAUAGGCCACUGAUUACUUAAUAUUAUGAAUUGUUUGAUGGAUCUGUCUACAGUGAGAAAUAUGUAGAAGUGGUAUGAUGGACUAUAAGGAGUCAUAUUAAUAAAAUCAUUUAAAGACAUUUGCAUUCUCCCAGUCCUGAGAAAUUUGCUUUUGCAACCGAUUAACAAGCUGGGUUUAUUUCUCUUCUAUCUGUACGCAGGCUAGUCAGAAGCGAGUUCACUUCACUGUGUCUCGGCAAACCAGGCAACAGACUCCUGAUAUCUUGCAGGAGGCUGGAUGGGAUUACAAUGGUAGCCACCAGCUCUUCCCCUCUCUGAGGAACAAUCCUAACAAGGUGAGGCCUAGUACUCAUUCCCCACAUUGUGGUUUCUUCUGUGGAGGGGGCGGGGGGAAGAGUGUGUGGAACCCUGACUAAUGUGUUAAUGUCUCUAAGUAUCCUCUCUGGACAGUAUCACUGAAAUGAGCACAUUUUAGCUUUGCUGUGUAAACACAGAAACCUUGAUCCUCUUUGUUUAUACCCUGGGAAGUGCUGCUGUCUUGUGAAUGGAUGGCAGAGAGAGUGCAGGGGGUGAGAAGGAGGAAGUUGAAAGAAAACUAGGGCACAAAAAAUUUUAUAUGCAUGUGUCCCUCGCGUAUUCUAUUUGCAACUGUGCUUUCCAGCAAAAACAUAAUGUACGUUAAUAAACAACAACAAAGAGAAGCUUAUCUCCACUUUCUCCAUCUGGAGGAGAGCAUGAAGGCCAAAGCCGUUGCUUCAGAGAUUCCUACCAUCUGGUAAAAGAUUAAUAGGAGGACUGUCAUCCUGUCAGUCAAUUUUGGGGUUAACUGCUAUCAAGAGAGGGAUGUGAGGGUGGAGUUUCAGCAUGCUGCCAGUUUCUUGCCUGUCACAGCAUCCAUAGGAGGCCACUGCUGUGAUGUACUAAAUCCUAAAAUAGGAAGCAUGAGGGGCUAUUUUUAAACAAACUCCUUUUUUCAGUGUGUAACUUAUGACUUUGGAUGCAGGACAAUAAAGUCAGUCCUCAUAAGGGAGCAGGGCUCCCAUUACUCAUACCUCAGGUUUGACAAACAGAGGUAAGGAUACUUAGCAUCCUGAGGGAGAGUUGUUUGGUUUCCUCUCUUUCUCGUUUUCUGUCCAUGAACGCCAGCAAUUUCACUGAAGUCCUACGAGUCCUUUUAUACGAUAUCUUCCUUUAUUCAAGCUGCUGCCACAGUGACACAAGCAAGGGGUGGAACUGGCAUACUGGUGGAAUUGUGUAUUUGUUUAUUGUUAUAACCCUUCCUGGUACCUUACGGUUAAGGGCAGGUAAGAAAGUUGUGAAUAUUACACUUAGAAUGUAAAUAGCCCAGCCUCUCUUUUUUUUAAAAAAAUCUCUUUUUAAAAAUCUGCCAGAACAGCUAAUGGUAAAAGUAUAAAACUUACAACAACUACAUAAAAUACCACAGAAACUGAAGUUGGAAAAAAGAGCAAUAGGCCAGAUUAAAAUUUCACCUUAAAAAUUCAGCACACGAAAGGCUUGGGCAAAUGAAAUGUCAUAACCUGGCGCUGAAAUGACAUCAGAUGUUGUCGGCCGACCCUCAUUAUGGAGCAUUAUGGAGCAGGUUCCAAACUCAGGGCAACAGAGGACCAAGGAAGUGUUGCUGCCUCCAGUGGAGGCGGCUCCAUUAGGGCAAAUGGGGCCCUGCCCCACCAAUCCCAGUCUGCCCUUUGCCAACCUCCACCUUCUUACUUAGACAGCAUCUUAAAAAGCAGAGACAUCACCUUGCCAACAAAGGUCCGUAUGGUUAAAGCUAUGGUUUUCCCAGUAGUGAUGUAUGGAAGUGAGAGCUAGACAAUAAAAAAGUCUGAUCACCAAAGAAUUGAUGCUUUUGAGUUAUGGUGCUGGAGGAGACUCUUGAGAGUCCCAUGGACUGCAAGAAGAUCAAACCUAUCCAUUCUUAAGGAAAUCAGCCCUGAGUGCUCACUGGACAGAUCCUGAAGCUGAGACUCCAAUACUUUGGCCACCUCAUGAGAAGAGAAGACUCCCUGGAAAAGACCCUGAUGUUGGGAAAGAUGGAGGGCACAAGGAGAAGGGGACGACAGAGGACGAGAUGGUUGGACAGUGUUCUCGAAGAUACCAGCAUGAGUUUGACCAAACUGCGGGAGGCAGUGGAAGACAGGAGUGCCUGGUGUGCUCUGGUCCAUGGGGUCACAAAGAGUCGGACACAACUAAAUGAAUAAACAACAAAGCCUUCUUACUUACAACCAAUUUUGGGGGCAGCAUAACCUAUCAGUCUCCUCUUCCUCAGUCUCAGUGCUGCCCUUGUAGAACUCAACAGAGAGGCAGAUGGGGACAAAAGUAGAAUUACCGUAGUUGGGUCUGCCUGUCUUCGGCUAUGGCGCCACCUACUGUUGGGCUCCCUGCCUUCCACCCUACAAGCUCCAAUGGAUGCCAGCCACCUCUGCUCACCAAUGAAAGCAGUGAAAUUAAGAGCAUUUAUAUGUAGUUUGAGCCAGGCUGAUCUUCUGUUCCUGGUAUUAGCAGACUAGCAGAGCGAUGAGGCCAGUGUGGCCUUUCCCCUUGCUUCUGCAGUUCCAGAGUAACUGGAGUAUUGAGCUGAGUGUUGUUGUUUUCUUCCUGGGAUGAAAGCCCCCUGCAGCUGCUGCUCCUCUGUUGGAGGAGGUCAGGUUUGUCUCUGAGCCAGUGUGGUGUAGUGGUUAAGGGCGGUAGUCUUGCAAUCUGGGGAACCGGGUUCGCUUCCCCACUCCUCCACAUGCAGCUGCUGGGUGACCUUGGGCCAGUCACACUUCUCUGAAGUCUCUCAGCCCCACUCACCUCACAGAGUGUUUGUUGUGAGGGAGGGAGGGAGGGAAAGGAGAAUGUUAGCGGCUUUGAGACUCCCUAGGGUAGUGAUAAAGCGGGAUAUCAAAUCCAAACUCUUCUUCUUCUAUUUGGUCCUUCUGCCACCAGUGACUAUUUGAGAAAGGGACUUCUCAGUUGUGGCAUGCCAUCUGUAAACCUUCCUUGUCCCCACCGUUUUCCUUUUCGCUUCCUCCAAAGUGAAGACCUUUUUAUUUCCCUACACCUUUUAGGCAUCUGUUUUAAAGCGGCUUUCUGCUGGAAUUUCAUCUGCUUUGCUGCUUCUUUGUUUUAUUCGAUUAUAAUCUCCUGUAAGCUGCUCUGAGAGCCUCACUGGUAAAAGAGCAGAGGGAGAAGUUUUCUAAUUAAGUAGAAUACCAGCUCUGUUGAAUUUGUCAUUGCACACAGCCUCUUCAGGUGAAGACAAUGUUCUUUGGACCCUAGGAACCGGGGGAUGACUGAGAUCAUUCAAAUAAAAUACCCUUUCAGCAAGUUUCGUUGCUCUCUUUGCUCCAUGUGUCAGCAAUGUCAACUUAGUGACCACACAAUGACAAGCUGAUAGGCUGUGCUUGCCUCCUUUUUGACCUCUUCAAUAGAGGUCACCAUUUCAGAAGGCUGCUUUGAGGAACGUUACUUAAUCUCUCUUGUUUGCCUUGUUUUUGAGUUGGCUAGAAAGGAAAGCCACAUGCUGUGCACGUCAUUCCUGCUCCCUUUCCCUAUACAGUGGUACCUCGGGUUAAGAACUUAAUUCGGUCCGGAGGUCCAUUCUUAACCUGAAACUGUUUUUAACCUGAGGUACCACUUUAGCUAAUGGGGCCUCCCACUGCCGCCGUGCCACUGCAGCACAAUUUCUGUUCUGAUCCUGAAGCAAAGCUCUUAACCCAAGGUACUAUUUCUUGGUUAGCAGAGUCUGUAACCUGAAGCGUCUGUAACCUGAAGCGUCUGUAACCUGAAGCGUCUGUAACCCAAGGCACCACUGUAAUUUGUAAGAACACCCCUUGUCCUCUGUGCGUCAGCUCUUUUGUGCUAUUACCCUGUGACUUCCUUGGUUUUUCACCUUUCUGUAGCAAAAGGAAGCUGACAUUCUUAUUGGUCUAAAACAGCCAUAUAUAUAUAUAUAUAAUAUCAUCCAAGGUGAAGCUGAGUCAAAACAAAGCCAAGCAGCUUCUUGAGCAAAGGAGUGGGCUGACAUGAAAGAUAACUUAUUUGAACACAUUACGUUGGGGUCAGCUUGUUUCACAAGAUCUGGAAGGCAAUGGUUCCCCGUCCCUGCUGUUGGGACAACACUCUAGCUUUCCAAACUCUGUGUCGCGACACAUUAGUGUGUCAGCUGCAGUGUGUAGGUGUGUCGCAUGAAUGCUCCCUGCGCUCCUCCUGAGGUUGGAAAGGGGUUAGUUCAGUGAUGGCCAAAUUGGCCCUCCAGCUGUUUUGGGACUACAACUCCCAUCAUCCCUAGCUAACAGGACCAGUGGUCAGGGAUGAUGGGAAUUGUAGUCCCAAAACAGCUGGAGGGCCAGGUUUGGCCAUCACUGGGUUAGUUCAACCUCUGGUUUGCUAGUAAAAUUGAAUUACUGUGUUGGAGAAAUGAUGCACGUCUAAAAAGUGUGUCGCCAACAUGGAAAGUUUGGAAAGCUCUGCUCUAGUAGAUGAACCAAUGGUCUGACCCAGCAAGAGGAAGGAUCCUGCAUGCCCAGUGUGAGAAGGAUGUUGAAUUUCAGGAGAGAGGGGGAGUGAGAGAAGGGUGAGAGAGAGCCAGGUUUGUCAAAUUGAAAAAAACCAACAACCGUUUCUGAGAUUUCAGAAUUAUUAAUUUAAUGUCAUACCAUUGUUUACCUUGCUGUCCGAGGCUGGGCUACAACAAUCUAAAACACAAUAUUAAAUUGAUUUUUUAAGUUUCUUUUGGAAUCUGGAAGGUAAUAUCUGAUCUCUCCCAUUUCCACAUUUGUCCUCCUGGAUCCUUGUUAAGUGUAUCAUUUCAGAUUCUUUUUAAAAAAUAAAUUAUUUAUGAUUUUCAGGUUUAUACAUUUCAACAAUUCAUUUCAGAUUCGCCAAGAUUCCUGCAGGUUGUCCAGUGUCAACACUGGAUCCGGUUAUUUAUUUAUUUUUAAUUAUUGAAAGUUUAAAAGUACAUAAUUAUAUGUGCACUAAACAUGGUGAGACGUAAAUAAAAGAGAGAGAGAGAAAAAGAGAAACAGCACUUAACAACAGUAUAGAAGGGAACAACAGUAUAACAACAGUAGAAGGGAAAGUAAAAGGGGGAGGAGGGGAGAACUCCAAACUCUAUACUUCACAAAGUUGUUAUUGUAUUUGUUAUUGUAAUUUACCAGAUCUUAACCUAUUACAGUAUUUGUAAGAAUGGAUUCCCUAUAUAUCAUUGAAUUUGUCCAUGGCAAGUCUGCAUUUAUGUGCAAGUUAUUCAUAUGCUGCAAGUCUUCAAUCCAAUCGCAGAAGGGAGCCAUUAGAUUUUACUAGUCAGUCUUUCAAGUUUCGGUGGGCAUGUGGUUGUGGGUGUUUCUGCCCAAAACACUGCUACCCUAAAGUGGGCCCAUCAGGGUGUUGGUAUCUGGCUUUUGGAACCUGCAAGUGAGACAGUCUCAUGUCUGUAGCACAUUCUUCCCAGUUCAUCAUUGGCUGCAGUUCCAAAUUAGCUGAUCCUGAAAUAAAUUAAACUGUGCUUCUUAACAUCAUUUGCUUUCUGUUGCUCUAAGAAAGCGUAAGCCUUUGCCCUUAAAGGCAACCUUAAAAUAUAUAUUUUAAAAAAUUAAACAAAUAAAAUCUGAUCUCCUCUGAUGUGUCCUGUUUGCAGCUGAAAUUGCUCAAGGGAAUCACUGUGGGGGGGGGAGUGGUUUUCUUUACACAGUCAGAGCUUAAAGUUGCUAUAUUGCAAGUUGUUUUCUGCCUGAGGAGCUAAAUUUAGCGUCUAUGUACAUUAACUAUCCUCAUCCUCACCCAAAAUGUAAUUAUAAACUGAUUUUGUUGAGUUUUGGAGAGCCUUCAGGCUUCCAGCUCAAAAUGCCACCACACUCACGCUUCAAUCUAGUUAUUUUAUUUCGAUAUUUUGAUUUGGGGGGGGGGGCAGAUUGCACAGUCAAUUUCACCACCUCCAAAUUGGAUUUUAUUGUAUAUUCUGUCGACACACUUAAAACAUUCUACUCUCUCUAGGAUAAUUUGAUUUUAAAAACCCCACCCCACCCCCAUUUCUUUUUUCUUCGAGAGCUGACUCUCCGCUUCGACAUUUCCAAGGACACAGAUGUAAAUGUGGGCUUGAUAUUGCUUUCAAGUUUCUAAUAUCCAGUGCCAAGAAUAAACUCCAACCUUCAACAUCAUUUGUUAUUAUAAAAGGGCUCAGCCAUCCCUUUUGGCAAAGAAAACCAUGACAUCCUGCCUGCCUCCAUGUGGAAAUAGGCUGGCUCUGAAGCCGGUGCCAAUUGUAAACACUGAGUUGUCCAGCACCAAGCUUUGGGGAAGUUGUGAGGCACUAUUAAGAAAUGAAGCAUCAGACAUCAUUAGCAGCAAUUUGGAGUGUAUUUUGCCUGUUGAGAAUGAUCAUACACUUUUAUGUUACGGAGGGGGAGCAGGCAAGAAGAUGUGAUACCUCCUUGUCCUCAUAUAGUAAGAAGAGCAACCCUAAGAAUUAUCUAGCAUAGAAUUAUCUAUGUUUUUAUGCUUUCCAAACUAAUUCCAUCAGUGUUUUCUUAAAGCUGUUUCCUAAUAUCAGCUAUACGAUUCCCUUCUGCAAUUUAAACCAAUUGCCACAUCUCCUUUUAUCUAAAGCUAUUCUGUUCCAGAUUUUCUUUGUGGCAUUCUUUUCCUUUCUUCUUCUUCUUUUUUGAGAUUGUUAACAUGUACCAAUAAUCUUUUCCAAAGACUAAAAAUAUGCACUGGCCUUUUAACCUUUCUCUAGUUAACCCUUUGCCAAUCCUUUUGAUAGAUAUUACAGCCGGAGCCACAUUAUACGUGGCACUUUACAGAAUAGCUGUUUGUGUUUGGCCAGUCCCAAGGAGCUUAAUAGAUAAAUUAGGUGGGAUACAAAGAAGCAAUGAAUUUGAAAGGAGGAGAAAAAUAUGGACUCCCCAUGUAUUAAUCUCUAAAGGUGGAAUCGCCUUUUGUACACCCAAAAUAAAAUAUAAAACUUUGAUUAUAUCCCCAAUCCAAAGAAAGUUGCACACAUCUCCAAAGGUAAAAACAGACCCCGGGAGAUGAGCAAAAAUCACCCCAGAAAUCUGUCUCCAGUUAUCUGCGUAAGGUCAUGAAUUUAGACGAGAGUCUGGAGCUGAGUCGUAGGAGAAAGGGGGACUGUAUGGAAUAUAUGUUGUAUGUGUGUGUGUGUCAACACACUGCCACUGUCAAGGCGAGAUCAAACAUGGGAGAAACGUCCCAUCCUUCUUGCACCACAGCACAAAGGCAUGCAAUUUUUUCGCCCUUCCUCCUUGCCUCCAAAGGCUUUGAGUACUUGGGGCACAUACUGUAAAUGUGGCUAUUGCAGUAAAGUGAUGUUUUGGAUGUGUGUGUGCGCGCGCUGAUACAGCUCCUUGCCAAGGGUACAAGGGACCCUAUGUGUGCUUCUGUAUUUGUCACAUUGGUUUUACUGGGUUUUGGCAAUGACUAGCUUUCUCUGGAUUGGGGAUUCUGGAAUUCUCCAGUCUUAAGGAUUCAGGACAUUCUAGCAGUCCAGGGUCCCAGGCACAGCUGUGAGGGAGAAGUCUGUCCGAAUUGGUUAGGUGCUUCCCCCUCAAUCCCUUAUCCCAUUUCAGUGAGUAGCACAGCUCAAUGGGAAAAUAAAGCUUCCUCAACAUUUACUUUAACGAAAUUGGAUCUGGCUUGGUGAGAUCACAAGAAGACCCAAUACAGCAAGAAUUGUGGGGUGGUUUAGGGCUCAGCCACACUUCUGCAGGCCCUGUGUUUUCUAGAUUUGGGUCUGAGAUGCUUUUCGUUUGCCUUUCUGCUUUCUCUGGGAAAACCCACUGUUUACUGCUGAUUCAUAACAAAUGUCAACCAGGUUUUCUUCAGAUUGAUGUUUGUAAACAGCAGGUUUUCCUGGGGAAAGCAGGAAACGAAAAACCUGUUGAAGAAGCUGAAGUGUGGACAAGCACUUAGCUUUGGAUUCAGUUCCAGGCCAAGAAAUUUUGUUGCCUGAAGUGUAGUCCAAAUGAUAGCCCGCCCACCUCCUGGCUGCACUACUGCCAACAGUUCAAAAAGUCUUUCUGUACUAUUCCAUUAUCAGUUUCUGCCUUAUGAUACUGUUGAGGAAGGUUGCUUCACCUCUUUAUGCAUGGCAGGCUUGGCCCUGCUGGAAUUUGUCAGUUAAUAGCCUGAACACCCUCUCGCUCCCUCACCCCAGGCUGGCCUACAGUUAUAUCCCUGGCGAAGUGCAAGUUGAAUUGUGUUUUCUUUGAGAUCAGUUGGAGCUUGUACAUAAAGUCAAACCAGGUUUUAAAAUACCACCUACUAUUCUUAGUAGGCUGAAAUGGCUGUGUUUUGCUUAUAAAUACAUUAUCUUCUAGCCUUCAAAGACUUUGCCCUUUACACUGAGGGACAUAAAACCCUGUAGCUGAAGGAUCAGCUUCAGCCUUCAGGUAAUUAAAAUGGUACAUCCAGCUGUGGCCAUUGCCUGUGAGACAACCGCCAGGACACCGAGUGAGAGAUAAUCUGCUGUAAAUAUUUAUCUUACAGUAAAUAUUAAAAACCAGGCAAGCUGUUGUGUUCCCCUUGUCAGAGGGGCGCCCAAGGUAAUGUCAAAAUCACGAAGAGAAAGCACUUGUUUAGGAAAGAACACGCUGAACACUGCCAUUGCUAAACAUUGCCUUUCGACUGGCUGAGUUGGUUAUUGGUAAGAAAGCCAAAGUUUGGUGUGGUGUUUACUAAAAUAAAACCUUUCCUUUCCUUUCAUCCUUAUCUCCCCUGCUGUCCUACUUUUCCUCAGCCGAGACUCCACAAGUUGCUUUAUGUUUAUAAUACGUCAUGUUGAAAAAAAGCUUUGGAAAAACUUGUGGCAGAAUUUUCAUCACGACAAAAUGUAGUAGGUGACAACUUGAUUUCUGAACUGGGGUAGACAAAUCUAUCCAUUUCGGUUUCCCUGAGUUUCUCACAUUUCCAGGUUUAGGUUCAGUUUAUCACAUUUCCAUAUCAGUUGGUGAUCUUUCUUAAAGUCCUAAUGUACUCAUUUUUGUACACAAUUUUGUCUGAUUUACACAUUUUGCAAACAUUUACCCCUAAAUGCAUUUGUAUGGCAUUUUCACUAAUUAUGAUUUUUUGUGCACAUUAUUUGGUGGGAGAACUGCAUUGAAAAAUUUGGAGAAGUGUACGUCUUGAAGGCUAGCUGUGUUUUGGUUUACAUUGUUUCAGGAAGUAUGAAUUAGGUAGGCUUCCAUUAAAAUGUGAACAAAACCAAAUUUAGCUCCCAUUCCUAUUCUGGACAUCACCUUUAACCUUAAUCGAGUUUACAUAAUUUUAUUUCAUAGAACAGUGUGUAAACAGCCUGCAAUAGCUGCAUCAUUACUGAUGUGUGAGUCAGAGGAAGCAUAUAAUUUUCAUACUUUGGGUACAAAGUAAGAAGCAGCCCUGACUUAUGAAAAAGGUAUUUCCUCUCAAAAAUGAAUACUUGCCAGUGAGGAGAAUUUCUGAUCACAAGACUGGAAAUGAGAUUCUUUUCAGAUGAACAGAUUUAUAAAAACAGAAUGCUUUAUUUACAUUUUUAAAACAAGAGAUGUACUCAAGAUAUGAUCCAGUUGGAUGCCCUUUGAGGUAUAUGCAAAAUUCAUUUACAAGUAAGCUGCUCCUUUGUCAAAUAGAGGCACACCCCACUGCUUGCAUCUUCAUAUACACUUUAAGCCGUGAGAUGCCACUGAAUUGCAGUCCAGGAAAAACUCCAAUUUUACAAUUCUGCCUGGGAUUGAUCUAGGGGACACACCAGCAUCCAUCAGAACACAAGACAAUUCUAGAGGCUUUGCUAGAUGCAUCAGAGUUUGGCACUGUCACAGUGAAGUUCCUGAAGGAACUCCUAGAAUUAUUCCUGGAACCUAGCUAUCUUGUAUCUCCAAAGGAUUUUGGAGUACAUUUUAGAAUUUAAGGAGGUCUUAGAUUGCCAAAAACAGAUCUUAUAUAUUAGCUUUUCCCAACCAGAUUUUGUGUUAUAACUCUCAUCAGUCCCAGCCAGCAUGGCCAGUGGUCAAGGAUCAUGGGAGUUGUUGUCAACAUCUAGAGGGCACCAGGUUGGAGGAGGCUUUUCUAGAGUUGCCAUACACCCAGAAUUUCCUGGAUAUAGCCAGAAUAAAGCAGUGUCUGGACAGAAAUUGCCAAAACAUCCAGGACGUAUGGAACUCAAGUCUGCAGUUCAAAUACUUCACUAUUCUGCCAAUUUCAAGCGGACACAAUCUGUCCAAUCAUGCAGAACUCACAUGUACAGGUGAUCAGAGGAACCAAUAAUUCGCUUGGAAACCUGCCACCAGGCAUUCUUUACAAGUUCGUCCUUAAGGCAUGUGCUUCCCAGAGUUUCUAUAGAAAAAAACACUCUGCAGAAUGGCUGUACACAAAUAUAAUUUGCAACCAUUUUUUGUAUCUCAUAGUGGUAUGAAAAGAUACUGCCAGGUAAACAACCUCUGAAUGUGCGCCUAUGCGCUUUCGCAGGGAAUGUUCUUCUCAUGAUCUUGUUCAUGUGGAGAAAUUUAAUCUCAAACAUUAAGGCAAAAGUGGGUCAGAUGUCCAGCGUUAUGGCUUAACCAUCACUUCCUUGCAAGUUAGAGUGUUUCAUUUUUUUUAAAAAAAUGCUUUGGCUCAAACAAUGCAUCGGUCGACUUAUGUAUACCUCUACUGAUGGAGGCAGUGCUGCUUCUGAAUAUCAGUUGUUGGAAACUGAGGAGAGAGACUACCGUUGUGCUGAGGGUUUCCCCACAGGCAUCUGGUUGGCCACCUUGAGAACACGAUGCUGGACUAGAUGGGCCAUUGACCCUGAUCAUAAAGGCCAUCAGAUUAUGGUGAACCAUGUUAUGAAGUAGCUGAUCACGAUCAUACCGUCCAAAAGCUUUGUCCAUGUCCUCUGCUCAUGUUUGCCCUUUGUGCCCCACAGACUGGCCUCCAUGCGGUCACCUGUCAUGAAAAGGUGGUGGUUGUUCGGAAAGACAACGCGGAGUCGCUGGGGAUGACUGUGUCGGGUGGUGCCUUCUCCCACAGGGAAUGGGAUUUGCCUAUCUACGUUAUAAGUGUUGAACCAGGUGGAGUCAUCAGCAGAGAUGGCAGGAUCAAAACAGGUGAGACUAAAGGAAUUCAGAGCACACUUCUGAGCUGAGUAUGUCUUUGUGAACUGUAACCGCAACUCUGUUCUUGCAUUUAGUUAGGCCUGGUUCUCAGUUACCUUGUAGUACAGUUGCCACUGUCCAUGAUGCCCUGGUAAUGUUAAAUCUGGGGAUAUCGUCACUUUUACUGUGAUUUUUGACAUUAGCCCCCCCCCCCCAAAGACAAAAUAUGAUUUUAGACAUAAAAACCAUAACCAAAUAGUGCUGACUUUCUGCACACAUAUUACCAGAUAGGCAGUUUUAAGGAAUUCUGGUCACCAUCUUGAUUGAGGAAAUCUGUUCAUAAAUUAAUUUCUCACUGAAUAAUAAUUCAACCAUAUAAUAAUUUAGUAUUGUUCAGAUAAGGACUUAAUAAGAAAAUAUGUUGAUUGCUGUAAAAAGAAACAGGACUCUGACUCACCACCCACAGUUAUUGAGAUGGGUGCACAGUCUUAUUUGACUCAGAGAGACCAGAUAAUGGCCAGAUGUGUUUCAUAGGAAAUGGAAAUAUUUUCAGAAUUACUGGAAUAAGUAUUAUGAAAGCUGCCAAGUAUCACAAAUGUUUUGUAUGUAAAUCUCUCUCUCUCUCAACCUAACCUAACUCACAAGGUUGUUAAGGAUAAAGUGAGAGAACCACUAUGUAUACUCUGAGCUUAUUGCAAGAAAGGUAGGAUAUAGGAACAAAAAUGAAAAUGAGCUGGUCUCCCAGUCACUUUACUAGUGAAUACCAAUAAAAAAAGUUUUUUCCAGUCCUGAAGUCGAUCUAACCUAUUUGUUAAAACUCAAGCUCUGUGAUCAGCGCUAUAUAUGUGGGUCCAAAAGGGAGCCACUGUUUAAAACAGUUGAAUAUAAAUUGGAACCAGAGAAGAAAUUCACUUGUAAUUUAUUCCAGAUGCCACAAGGAGGUGUUCAUAAGACUGGUGUCUUGUAUUUCAGAGUACUACCCACUUCCAAAUUUGGUUUCAGUUUUCAAAAGUGUUAGCAUUCCACAUCAUUCUCAAAAUGGCUUAAUCAUGAAUUAGGUAGCUUCUAACAUGCUUCAAGCAGCCUUUUGUUCACAAAAUUGGGUUGCUUAAAGGGCAAGAAAUGGCUCUCUCUCUGUGCACAAGGUGGUUGGUUGGUUGGUUGGUUGGUUGGCAUCCAUCUGUCUCGGGAAACAAUGGAAGCUUUCUUACAAUUGUAUAUUCAUCAUCAUGUUCCCUAUGUAAUUAUCUGGCUUACAUACAUGGAAUUGUAACAUUUGAAUGCUGUAUCCUCUGGGAAGAAAGUCCAGAAAAUGUUGGUUUUUCUAGCAUCCUGAUUACAUGAAAGUAGCUAGAAGGAGUCAGAUGGAGUCAGAGGUGGGAUGGUCAUCUGUCAGGGAUUCCUGUGAUUCCUGCAUUGCAGGGGGUUGGACUAGGGUCUUUUCAAACCCUAUAGUUAUAUGAUUCUAUGAGUCAUCCAUCCUUAUCUGCAGUCUUGCAAGAAGUCUGUGAUUCUCAUGCAGCAAUGUGAGGAAGAUAGUCGACAAUUAGCUUCAUACCUUUGAGUUUUGUUUUGUUUCUGAAGGUGCUUUAUUUCUUAAAAUAAUCCCUCCACCCAUAGACAUUUGGGACAGCGCAUAUUCAUACCACCCAAAACUAGAGUUAAUCAGCCCUGCUGAUAUUAAUAACAGUGAACUGGUGCAAUGUUUAAAGCAAAACAGCAGCAGGCCAAGCCAAUGACUGGUGGUUAAAGACAACAACAAUUCCCAACAGAUUUCAGGGGAAAUAGUUAAAUGUGAAAGCACACCUAACUACACACCUAACUUUAAGUAAACCCCAUGGAAUUCAGUGUGGCAUACUUCUGAGUAGGCAAGCACAGGAGUCUACUUUUAAACAAACACAACAUUGCAUUUUCUUGUAGUGAUUCAUUAGCAGAGCACAAGUCUAAAUUGCAGCUCUUCUACAACCAGAGAUCUAGAAGGAUAUUGCAGUUUUAUUUUGUUUGCAAUCAUCACAGGCAAACUGAUUUGGUUGCUCAUUCAGGACAACAAAUAUCACCAUCUUUCCCCAAAAUUAUUAUUAUUUUCUCUUUUUGGGGUGGGAAGAAACUGAAGUAAAGUCAGUAACAUAUCAAACGCUAUCUCUUGUUGAACUGGAAUUUGAAUCCAGAUCUUCCAAACCUGUAGGCAACAACCCAUCUAUAUCUAUGGGUACUGUACCAAAACACAUUAAGUUCCCCAUUGGCAUCUGUUCUUAGAAUGGAGUUUGGGGUAGAGCACACUCAAAACAAGGAAAAACCUCCCCCCCCCCUACAACUGACCUCAAAAACAUAUUUUAUAAAAGGCAGAAAAACUGCUCUAAGGACCUCCCAGCUGUUAGUUGGCCGCUCCUAAGUUUAGAAGUACAGCUUUGAAUGACAAAAGUGUAUUUUAUUAACUGCUAACAGGUGUUUUCCCCCUUCAUUUCCUGCCUUCCAGGUGAUAUUCUGCUCAAUGUGAAUGGAAUUGAUCUGACAGGUGUGAGCCGUGGGGAGGCUGUAGCCCUUUUGAAAAACAUCUCCUCGUCUGUUGUCCUCAAAGCAUUAGAAAUGAAAGACUGCGAGACCUUGGAGGAUGGCGAUGACCUCUCAUUGCUCGAUGCCAGUUUGAACUCAUCUAGCCCGAGCGAAUGGUCUCCUUCCUGGGUGAUGUGGCUCGAGGUCCCACGGUAAGUCCAAGGAGUGUUUCCAUGUGCUAAAAGCAAUUAUGGAGGAAAGGGGAUUAUGGAGGAAAGGGUAAACUUGGCAGGGAUAGGGGAUCUGUGGCCCUUCCGAUGUUCCUGGACUCUUAAUUUCCAUCAGCUCCAUCUGGCAUGUCUAGUGGCCAGCACUGAUUGGAAGUAUAGUCCAGUACAGGUAAAAGGUAAAGGACCCCUGGACGGUUAUGUCCAGUCAAAGGCGACUAUGGGGUUGCAGCGCUCAUCUCACUUUCAGGCGUUUGUCCGCAGACAGCUUUCUGGGUCAUGUGGCCAGCAUGACUAAACCGCUUCUGGUGCAACGGAACACCGUGAUGGAAACCAGAGUACACAGAAAUGCCGUUUACCUUCCUGCCACAGUGCUACCUAUUCAUCUACUUGCACUGGUGUGCUUUUGAACUGCUAGGUUGGCAGGAGCUGGGACAGAGCAACAGGAGCUCACCCUGUUGUGGGGAUUCAAACCAUCAAUCUUCUGACCAGCAAGCCCAAGAGGCUUAGGUGUUUAGACCACAGCACCACCCACAUCCCAAAGUCCAGUAGCAUCACUUGGAGGGUCACAGAUUCACUAUUGAUGCCUUUGGGGUGCUUACCUGGCUCUUUCCCCUGAGUUGAUGUAUUGCAUUGACACCUGAAUUAAUUCUAGACUUGACAUGUGUGUACACACACACCACACAGAAAGGACUGUAUUUAAGGGAGCAGAAAAGAUCCUGAGCAGGCCCAUUUCUGCAAAUGUCUCUGGCUGUCAAAGUAGCAAGAGAAACCCUGCAGAGAUUGCAUCUAUGCUCUUAGAAUACAGGAUCUUGAACGCCAGACCACCCUGCGUCCUCCCAGACAGUCCCUGCAGCUUGCAGACUGCACAGACACCGUUUCAGUUAUAUGCCAUUUUAAAUUGUUUGACUUUGCCCAGAUGUUCAAAAACCAUGUACGCGCUCAUGGGCUGAAAUUAUCCAAACCCCCUCCCCCUCAAAAAAAGAAGAAAAGAAAACAUUCACCUCUCUAAUGGGCCGGAAGCAGCUGUGUUACAAUUUUUAGUAAAACCGCAGAGUGCGCACUUUGUCACCCACUCACACAGCACAUUUUAAUGACUCUGCGGGGCAUAAAUCAUUGCAGCAUUCCUCUGAACUGGAAUUUUAAAAACGAGAUCCUACCAGGCUGACACUGAAUUAAAUCUGCCCUCGAGCUAAAUCUUCCCUCCAGCAGUCCAUCAGUGAGAAAAUGUUAGUUAUAUAAGAGACUCCUUUUGCAGCUUUGCACACUCACUUUUUGUUUUAAUCUCAUCUUCCACUUAUCAAAAUAUAUGAACUAUCUAGGUUAUGUUGUAUUAGUUUAUCCUCUGUCUAAAUGGGAAUGUAUAUCUCACAUACAGCAGUAAUAUGUUAUUAGAGGCAUAACACUCCUCAGAUGAGAAGCUUGGUAAUGGCAGACACAAAUCAUUGACAGAGAUUUGCCCAUCUUCUGUAGUGUGCAGCUGGAAGUGUCGUGGGAUAUGUUCUAGAUUUCCCCUUGCACAAUGGUAAGGUGCAACAGGCUUGGCCAGAGUCUGCAUGAACUGAAUGUAGUACUCUCAGCACACUGGGGGUACUGUGAUGGAUGCUGAAGAAUUCUGCAGCAGGCAAGUCAAUAUUCACUAAAGAGAGAAGAUUUGAAAACCACUGUGUUAGGUGAUGAUUGGGCUUUGUUGAAGAUGCUUCUUCAACAAAGUAGGCUUCCUUAAUGUAAAAAAAAUCGUGUCUAUUCAAGAACUCCUAGCAGAAUUUCCAAACACUCGUUGCUUUAGGGACUUCCCCAUUUCUUUGUGAGAACAAGGAACCACCCUAGCCCAUAAAAAAUGGGGAGGAGGGAUAGAAUAAUGCCUGCAUCGUUUCAUCUAAAUUGCUUCCCGGAAUCCGAUUUGUAGGGUGGAGUUGGCACCGGACUUUUGAGCCUAGGGAUAGGCAGAUCAGUCUCUUGCCAGUCCAUCUCAGUUUACAUACAGUGGUGUCUCGCAAGAUGAAAUUAAUCCGUUCCGCGAGUCUCUUCGUCUAGCGGUUUUUUCGUCUUGCGAAGCAACCCUAUUAGCGGCUUAGCGGAUUAGCGCUAUUAGCGGUUUAGCGGUUUCGCGGCUAUUAAAGGCGUAGCGGCUAAAAGGCUAUGCGGCUAGCGGCUUAGAAAAAGGGGGGGCGAAAAAAAUCGCAAGACUCGCAAGACUUUUUCGUUUUGCGAAGCAAGCCCAUAGGGAAAUUCGUCUUGCGAAGCGCAUCGAAAAACGGAAAACCCUUUCGUCUAGCGGGUUUUUCGUCUUGCGGGGCACCACUAUAUGUUUAUUCAUAAGCCCUGUUUCCACUUCAAUCUGUGACUUAAAAACAAACAAACACCUCACCCCAAACUAUUUUUGAAUGUGUUUUUUCAAGAAAACAAACCAUUUUUGAACUACUACUUUUUUGACCUGCAUCACAAAAACCGAGUGAGCGCAAAAACAGAAGGAUAGCUGCAUCCUAGCUGACACAACAAUACAGAGAGUGUGAAUUGGGUUGCAGGGCUUAAAAGUAUGGAGCAAAUAAAAUCCUUGAGCGUUCCUAGUUGUAGGUGGCGCCUGAGACUUCUACGCUGAAAGUCUGGCGGGCUACUUCCAGAUCACUUGGCAACCAGGAGGAGAGAAAUGGACUGGGUGGGGAGGAGAAACAGAAAUGGAACAAGCAUUAAAACUGCAGUGAAUGGAGGACAGUUUGCAAAGAGAUGAGAGUGGAGAGAAUGGGGGAGGAGGAAUAAGAAUUGGAAGACUUCUUGAUACAGCAACAGUUAAAGGAGGUAACUAAAAUAUGAUGGUGCAGAACCAACAGGGAGAAUAGAUUAUGCCCUGGUGUGGGGAGAGAAUUAAUGCUAUGGAGUAGAGAAGGGGUGGGGUAUCAUGAGCACAGAAGCCUAAUGUGGCUUCUUUGACCCUCAGGGCUCUCCUCAAGGCCCACCUCCACAUCUUCAAGGUCUUUUGCCUGGCUGGAAGGUGCCCUUGAACUGUACCAAGUCUUCUUGCAUUUUGUGCUGAACCCUCUGUUCAUUUGAAUGGCUGGACUGCAGCCUACUGUACAAAGGCCAUAUCUGUUUCGAUGCUCAGCGUUGGCAACUGGCCCCCAGAAAGUUACCUGCUAGAGAAUAAGGACCUUGGGCUGAAGAAGAUUCCCAGCCCUGGAGCAGAGUGAAAAGGAUGGAAGAUGACCAGGGAGAGAUUUAGAGAGGCCUGUCAUGGUACAGAGAAGCCAUGGGGCACGUGAGAGGAAAAACAAACAAACAACAACUUAUCAGGAUGGGUUUUUAAAAAGCCCUGAGCUGAAACUGUAACAAACAUGUUUUUCUCUGGCUAGCAUAGCAACGAGUCCUCUUAGGUCACUAAAAGGAGAAAAGUGAUCCUUGGGAGUGCAAUAUGCCUGACACAUGGGGCUUCUUUCCAGCCGGAAAUCACUGGAACUCAGUUCCGGCACCUCUCAGGUGGGUGCCAUUGCCAUUCUAAGAGAACAAGAGAGACAUUCAUGGUGAGUUCCGGCACUGUUGGCAUGCACUAGCCAAUGAUGAAAUGGGCUGGUAUCCCCUUUACCGCAUAAGGAAGCAGCUCCCAUGAGCAGCUUUCUGUGAAAUCUUAAAAGAUGGGUCAUUACAAAUUUAAUAAACAAUAACUAUUAUUAUCAUCGUUUAUUAUUAUUGGUGGGAAGGCAUGGUUCUUACGGUUUUUAACAGUUGCAUGAUAGACCCAUUCAACAAUGACUCACGGCCACUGCCCUUCUGAGAUAGGGAAAGCUUCACCUGCUGAAUUUCUGCACGCCGUUCAGCUUUUGAAGGCACAGGAAGAUGGCAGUUAAAAGGUGUCAGCCCUGUAAAUGAGGCAUGGUAAUCCCCGUGAUGGAGUGAGCUCCUGUUGCUCGGUCCCUGCUCCUGCCAACCUAGCAGUUCGAAAGCACCUCAAAGUGCAAGUACAUAAAUAGGUACCGCUCCGGUGGGAAGGUAAACGCCGUUUCCGUGUGCUGCUCUGGUUCGCCAGAGGUGGCUUAGUCAUGCUGGCCACAUGACCCGGAAGCUGUAUGCCAGCUCCCUCGGCCAAUAAAGCGAGAUGAGAUCCGCAACCCCAGAGUUGUCCGCAACUCGACCUAAUGGUCAGGGGUCCCUUUACCUUUAACCCCCUAGCAGUUUCUCUCUGUACCUCAGUGCUAAAAUAAAUGCCAUGCUUUUGCCCACAACAUAGAAAACAAAGUUGUUGUUUUUUAAAAAAAGAUCUUGGUGGAAAGGAUUUUCUCUAUGAAAGUAAGCAGCAGUUUUCACCAGGAUUUCUUUGCCAUAUUCCAAGUCUGUAUGCAGGCACUACCGCUUCCCCAUCCUUCCCCUUCCCCCCAUGGCCUCUUUUACUGAAGGAAAAUCGCCCACAAUGUCAGCAGGUCUGCAAACAGGAAAUUCAUUGUAAUCCUAUCUCCAGCUGCAGCAUCACUCGCAGAAAAGGGCCACAGUGUAUACGAACACCAGAAGGGAUUAGUAUGCCAAACUGGUACAUCGGUCUUCUUAAAUUCAGAUUAUUAAAGGGGAGGGGGCAGUCAGUAGCAAGAGGCGGCUGGACACUGAUUAUAAUCAAUAGGAACAGAGGUGCGUUUCUUGCUAGUACUUGCUUGUUUGGCCAGGCACCCAGGAGUCAAAACGCUUAACAGAGCAGGUUAUCAGAUACUUUAAUCUUACCUAAGUGAGUUUAUGCUCACCGUCUUAUUUCUCCGUAUUGGACUCUCUGAGCUCAGUGCCUCACAUCUGGAAGCCCUUUUUCAGGUCCUGUUACCAGAGCAUGCAUCACAUUAAUACACAUUAACUCAUUUCCCCCUCGUCUGAGAAUGUAACCUCUCAGUACCAGAGUUCCCAUUUGGUACUGGUGAGGGCAACUGCCCAGCUGUUCUUUUAAGGCAGGUCAGAUGGGCCUCAAGGAUAUUUUCCCAAAACCUUCUUGCAGUUAUCAAGCUGUCUUGAGGGACCGCGUGGGUGGGAAAUAAUGAUCCUGGAUGCAGUAUAUUUUAGGCUCGUUGCUGGGAGUGCAGAUGACCGAGAAAUCAUUUGUUGUUGUUGUUUUUUUAGGGUAUUAAUUGCAUUUUGGAAACCGUACUUAAAGCAGCAUGCGCAGCUUCUUGAAAACCGUAAUAAAUCACUGCAGAAAUAGUAGGAGAGUUGGAGGAGGGAGAGCGAAGGAAGGGGUGAACAGGAAGGAGGAGGAGGACGGGAGGCAAGAAGGGGAGAGCAGGGGACAGUGAAGACAAAGAUGAAAGAAUAUAUUUUGGAGUGGAGAGCAAAGUUGCCAUUGGCUAAUAUCCUAUGGCCAAUUAGAGCAGCCUUAUCCUUCGGCAGAUGCCAAAGCAAGUGUAGCAUAAAGGGGAAGCCUCGCUCUUUAGGCUGUGUAUACAUUUCCAUUUUCCUUAAAUCCAGCGCUAUUGCUCUGCUGUUUGUGAAGCCCCAGGCACACAGGGUUAGCCACAAUCCAUGCUGUAGUUUGUUGAGAAAUGCUGCGUUUUGAUGUGUUUUCCCUCAAACCAUCUACCUCUGGGUGUGAAAACGUAAGCUGUAGGAGGGAUACCCACACCCCAUCCAUCUACUGAUGCAGAUGCGACUUUGGAAACGCGUCAAACUAUGCUGAUGUGUACAAUGCAAAUGCAAUUUGAAAUGCAGUGCAUGAAUGUCUAUGUUGGGGGAACAACCUUGCUGCAUUUUAAGCCAGUAAAAGGUACACAGCUUGGUGCAAGUGGAGUUGCAGCAACUGAAUUGACCAGGGCGAACUACUUCACAGGGUGUGCUGUGCCUACCGUUCGAGCAUUACAAAGAAACCGCUAAGGGUCUACUUUAAAUCUUAUCAGUAAUAAGAGUAGCAGUAAUUGGGGGGUUACUAUCGUAUGCAUUUCCUGGAUCAUUCUCUCUGGUAUUUAUAGGUAGAUAGCCACCUAAAAUUAGUAUUUAAGGUUAUUCACAUAUUUUCAGACCCUGGGUUUCUUUGUUCUUUUCCUGUCCACUCUGCAUUCAGUAGUCCUUUGCUCCUUCCUCUCAAGUUUCCAGAAAAAUAAACUUCAGUCUGUAGUUCUGACUGAUGAGUUUUAGCAAGCAUGUCCGUUUCGUAACAGCAUUUAUUUUACUCAUAAUGCAGGGAGGGCAGGCAGUUGUUGCUCAUGCACUGCCAGAGCAUCUAAACGAUGACUCACCAAAGACCAAUUUAGAAAUUCCACCUCAAUGAAACGGCUGUCCUUCCGUCAUGAAGCCAAGCAAAGCACGUAACCACUGCAAUGGCAUUUACAAGGCUGAAAAGCAAAUGUGUUUUUUUUGCUUUUUUGUGUUUGUUUACUACUUCUGGCUGCCUUCACUGUGACAAGCAGAUCAGAUGGGUGUGGGCUCUGCUUGUCUGUGCAUUGAUAAAUUUUGUUCUUCGAUUCGUUUUGGAAAGACAGUGCUAGCACCUUUUUUGUGCACUGUUCAGUUUGGCACCAACAGAAACACAUAAUGAAUCACAAUCGACAGUUUUCUUAGGGCUUUUCAUACAGCUGUUGCUAAUGGCCAAGUCCAUAAGGUUCACUACCCCUAAUUUCCAACUAGUGGUAACCUCAAAUAUUCAGAAUCAGUCAGCUGCUUUGGAACGUGUGGACUUGAAAGCCCAAAAAGUUUGCAGCUAGAGAUGCAGCAAGCUCAUGUGGCCAGCUUCAAAAAAUUACUUUGAAAACAACUGAUUCUGAGCCCAACUGUCACGUCAUAAUUCCCAGUGAUGGCAAUAGCAGUGCAACCCUCAAACAUCCCUUCUGCGUUUGCCUCCCUCUGCAUGGUCUUAAGGCUGCAAGGCAGGUACCAGGGCAAGGAGGAAACUCCUCCUCUUGCAAGGAACGGAUUUGGGUGGAAGGAUUUUGCUUCUUCUCCAGGUCAGUUUAAAAGCCAGGAGAAACUUUUAGGGUCAUAAGGCUUGUCAAGCUCCAUAAUUCUACCUGGGGAAAUAGAAACAUUUCGCACAUAGAUUCUACAUGUUUCAAGUUAAUCCAUUGUUCACCAGGGGAGAUAUUUUUCAGCUUGAUACUUCUCGUGUGCUGCUUUGCUGUUGAGUUUUAUUUACUUAGGUUUGUCUAACAAAUCCUAUUUUCUCCAGCAUUGCAUCCCAACAGUUUACAGUAGUUUUCCAAAUGGUUUUGGCCUUGGGAGCUUCACAAGCUAAGUAAUGAAAUGAUCAGGUAAAUAAAAGAGGGUCAAAUGACAUAAAUAGCUUUAGAGAUGAUACUCUUCUUUAAAAAGCACUCAUUUCAGAGCAGUUGCCUAAUGCACUUACACAUACGUUACAUACGCACAGGAAGUCCGAUAGGUUUUGUGUUUGUAAGUCUGAUCUGUAACAAAACACAUCUACCCCCCAGCCCUCCCCAUCUUUUAAUACAGCUUGUUUCACUGGAUAAUCCAAGCCAUUCCCAGCCUUUACUAACCAAUAAAAGCAGUGCUGACCAGCAAAUACCCCACUCAAUUUUCUUGUACAGUAAUAAAUUUUUGGUUGAGCCACCCACCUGCAUCACAUGUUUUUCUGGUACAGCCGUACCUUGGAUCUCAAACACUUUGGCUCCCGACGAUCCAAACCCGGAAGUGAGUGUUCCGGUUUUCAAACUAUUUUUGGAAGCCGAACGUCUGACGGGGCUUCCGUGGCUUCUGAUUGGCUGCAGGAACUUCCUGCAGCCAAUCAGAAGCUGCGCUUUGGUUUCUGAACGUUUUGGAAGUUGAACGGACUUCCAGAAUGGAUUCCGUUCGACUUCCAAGGUACGACUGUGAUUCCUUUGGCCAGAGCUGCUGCCUUAACUACUUCAGUUCUUUUCAAAACUGUAAAGAUACUAUAGCUGUAUUCUUGAAAGCCUUGUUCAAACAUUUGUUACAUUUCUCCCCUGCCUUUCCACACAACAAUCAACAGUUGACAAAAAGGUCAAAUCAUACACUAUACAUCAGAGAAGAUUCCUAAUUUUGAUAUGUUUGGUAUUGUGGAAGCUCAAGAUAUUAUCCAAAGUUUGAGCACCCAGCAAAUUGCAAGCUAGUAUGCAAUCUAGUAUUUGUUAAGUUUUUGGAAUAUGGUAGCUCGUGAUCUGGAAUUGUUCUUGGUCUCACGGUUAUAGUGGAUUUUAUUGCUCUCUAAGCCCACACGCUGGUGUAGCAGUGUGGCCAAGAGCAUAACCUGUAAACCAAAAAGUGGUUCCUUCAAGCUCUCCUCUUAGUAUGUUCCAUACGUUCAAAAUGCUUGUCUAUGUAAACUCUUAAGCAGGUUGGUUGCCUCCAUGCUCUUACUUAACAGAAUGUUGAUAUGUGACUUAGUGAGUAGCUAUCAAUAACGGCUAAAUUCUGGUAACAUUUGGUCAUGACCUUGGAAAGCCCUGUUAAAUCUAGUGAGUUUUAUGUCUUUAUGAGAAAUGGGAUUCAGGAUGCUAAAAGCCCCACACAGAUGGCAAAGCAAUAGAGCUAGCCUUGUGCACAAGGGCCAAGAGGCUUCUGCUUUUCACAUUAGCAGCCAGCUAACUGUUGCACAAACAAGUACCCUGUAUCUUGCCAGCAGGUGAAUAUUUGUAGUUCCCAAGGGCCUCAUCUAGCAGUACCAUAAAAACCCUGAAGAACAAGCAAACAAACAAAUACCCCCCAAAAUGGAAACAUCAUUUUAAAGGAUUGUUUUUAAAUACCUCCUCAAAAUUAAAGCAUAUUUUUCUUAGUGCUUGUAAGACAAAGAUACUAAAAAGGUGGUUGCUACUUUGGUAUCUGCGAAAGGCUUUAUUGGACCCAACAGCAAGAAGAGGACAGGUCCAAUUUGUACAAAACCCUUCUUCAGUCAGAAAAAUAAGGUGCUCUAUAUUACAUGAAGGUCACUACCCUUAAUCCAAACAGGCAGAUAAGAACAGUUUCCCCGGAAAACCCCAAGAACGGAAUAUUUAUGGGUGAAACUUACUCUGUACAACACUGCUAAAUGUGUGUGUAAAACAUCCAAACUGAAACUACAAGUUUGUGCAAACUAUACCAAUCUGGCAUAUACAUUUCUUUUCAAGUCCAAUAUGCCAAAAAAAGGUGAAUGAGCAGAAUAUCAUCAAUAAUUUUGAUUUAAUUGUACAACAGACCAUUAAGUAGAAUGAUUUUUUCCUUAGGUAUUUAUACAGCUGCAAAGAAAUUGUAUUACGAAGAAAUACAGCGGGAAGUCUUGGCUUCAGUAUCGUGGGGGGUUAUGAAGAACACAGUGGGAACAAGCCAUUCUUUAUCAAAUCCAUUGUUGGAGGGACACCAGCGUAUAACGAUGGAAGAAUCAGGUAAUGAAACCACAUUGUUUAGCAGUUAUUUAUAAGACAAUCAUUCCCAUCCAGAUUAUCACAACAGUUCUCAGUUAACUGGGGCUGCUGGUUCAUGUAUCAGUUUGAUGUGCAGAAUUAACAUACAACAGGGCUCUUAAACUUGCAUGCUCUUCAUGUGGGAAUGUGAGAUGGGAUUAGGCAUACACACUCUGUCCAUCAAAUCACUUCACUCCUGUUUUGUGAUGGAUGGAUCACGCAGGCAGGCCGUGUUUAUGUAUAUUGGCGUUCACAUGCGUACAUGCGUACAUUUUGUAUGUGGGGGAAGGUAUGUGAAAGCUCAGAAAUGCAGUCACAACCUCCGCAAGUACGUUUUACUCACCUAGCUUGUGAGAAUUGACCCCAAAGGUCCAAUUCUAUGCUGCUGAGCUACAUAUCAAACCAGCACUUGGGGCUAAGGUUCACUAGUGCAAAACUCAACCCCUUAGUUUGAAAGGUUGACCAGGCACAGUACUCAAACUGCUUUCUCCUUUCAUUUAGUUGCAAGCCACAAAGCACCAUGUGUGGCAGUACUUCUGCUUAUUACUGGAACAGUUGAGGCAGGGAGAAGGGCAUGGUACUCAUCUUAAAAUACCUUCUUGUCUGCAGAGAAAGCUGAAGCCUGGAAGGAGUCAAGGGAUUAUUAAAGAUCAAAGUAGGUUUAAUUUUAUGCCAGUGCAGUAAAAUCCAUAACAGAAGAUAGAGCUAUAGGGCAGGACACAUAGAACCAUAACUGUGUUCAAAGGCAAAGUGAUUCCUAAAUAGGAAAAACUGGGAAGAACGGAAUGUUCACUUCUGAGUUCAAAUUCAAAGAGGUGGGUGGUUUGCAAAUUCUGAUUCAAUUCCAUUGGUGAAAUGGAGAACUUUAUAAAUGCAGGUGUUUGCAAAUCAAAAUAUUAACAAGAAAUUAGAAAAAAAUGCAGGGGUAUAUUUUUUACAGAGUAUUAAAAACACUAGAAACACAGUCCAAAAGUCUUGCAGACACAUGAUGUUAUAAAAGUCAUUGCCUCUGGAAGUGUCAGACUGAAAUCUGAAGCAUUUAUAUAAAACAAGUCUAUUCAGCUGGCAUUAAUUAGCAAUACCUUAAUUAGCAAAACCUGACUUGACUAUUCUCAUUUCCCCUCAUAUCUGCUACCUUUCUGAUAAAAAAUAGUGGGGGUGUGCAAGCUAUUCCUGCCUUGGAGCUGCUGAAGUGCCACUAACCAAUUUUAUAUUGCCUCCUUCCAGGUGUGGUGACAUCCUCCUUGCAGUUAAUGGUAGGAGUAUCUCAGGUAUGGUGCAUGCCUGUUUGGCGAGGAUGCUCAAAGAACUGAAGGGGAAAAUUUCUCUCACCAUUGUGUCCUGGCCUGGCACUUUUUUAUAG